GAGCAAAGAGCGGCCGGGAGCGCUCUCGCGUGACGUAGCCGCCGUGUCCUCCUGUGCGUGCUUUACGUGCCCGGAAGCAGCGUGAGCGGACACGCGGAGGGACUCUGGGGAGAGCAAGUAUCGGAAAGGAAAAAAGCGGGGUUGGGGGAGUAGAGAAAGAAAGAGACAGGGUGGUACGGAAGCCCGUAGGGGACAAAGAAAAGAAAUAAAGCGGCUCUGGCCAACUUUAUUGCCGGAGGUGGCAAAAUGCCCGGCGUUGCCGCCCGUAAGAACCAGGAACGGAACCGAGACAGCGCCAUGGAGCAGCCGCCGGCUGAUGUGGGUCUCUGAAGGGGGCGGGGUGGGGUCUCCUACUGCUUUAUUGGGAGGGGGUGGGCUCUGAGAGGGGGGGUUCAAGGGGGCGGGCUGCAAACUUCAAAGGCCCACUGCCUGGUCAGAAGCCUCCCCCCCACCCGGUUCCUUUUUCUUUCCGCACCCCCCCCAUCCCAUUUCCUCAUGCGAAACUCCACUGGGAAGGGUUUGGAAGGUGCCAUGUUAUACCUAUGCACGCAACUCCCUCCCCCCUACCCCAUGAAGACGCUGUUUGCUAUCAGGUCACACAGGUCUUCAUAGCUCCCCGCUACGGGUUUCUCUCAAACUCCCCCCCCCCCACUCAUUGUGCUGUGCAAGAUGAGAGCAGCAACUUUUUGGGGGGGUUGGAGUUUCCUCACACGCACACAGUAGGAGCGUACUUACUCACUUAAAAAAGAAAGAAAACAGUCAUCCAGGCAUUUUUGAAACGCUGCAGAAAGACCUGUUUGCUAGAAGCAACAGCACAAUGAGUUCCUGUGUGAGCACUGUGUCGCCAAACCUUAAAUGAAACUGCUGUCAAUGGGGUGUGCAUGUGCGCGGCUAUUAUUGUCCGUCUUCAGGUUAAGGGGUGUCUUACGGAAAGGUGAAUGGAGGGGCUGUGCAAUUGUUGGCACGUUCCUCAGGGUUAGGGGUGGAUAGAUUUCAGCUGAUGAGCUGGGAGGACAUCCUGCUAGGAACAGGGCUGGACAGCGGAUGUAGGAUUCAACCCUGCCCUCCUGCCCACCACCACCAGUGAUGCCAGUUGAUGGGCAGGUGGUGUGAUCUGGGGAAAAUGGUCUCAUAGGCCAAGGUGCAAGCUCUGGGAGGCCAAGGUUGGCCCGUAGGCCAUAGCUUCUCCACCCAUGCUCUGUGGUGUCAAAACCUCUAUUCUGCUCACUGAAUGGGCAUAUGGGCCUGUUACAGGAGGCUUGCAUCAUAGAACGGGGUGGAUACAUACACUGUACUAAUGUCCUAACAAGCUGAAACAUGAUUAGCUCCUUGUACUCUUUAUCAAGGGUAAUCUAUUCUGUUCUGAGCACCUAUAUUUAUUAUGGCUAUAUCAUUUUUAUUAAGAAGACCUUUGAACAUGAUCUUGUUCAGAAUCCUCCUUAGCAGAAAAUAUGCAUUAUAUAAUUUGUGUUAUGCGCAAACUAUCUUUAGUGUCUUCUGCUUUCAUAAGUAUCUAUUAUUUAUACUUGUUUUCAUUGUAAUUAUUAAUUCUUGGAGCAGGCAACUGUCUCCACAGUUGAUUUAACAGCACAGUCCUAACUGUGCUUACUGAGAAGUGUCCUGUUGAAUUCAGUGGGUAAGUGGGAUUGGUCUUGCUGCCUAAACUACUUAGUUCAAGCUCAUCUGCUCAAAAAUUAUUCCCAGUAAUGAUGAGCGGCCCCUGAGAAUCAGCUGCUGCAUUACCUCUGCUCAUGCAAAUAGACUUUGAGUAUCACAGCCAUAAAGGGCAGCUGUACAAUGCAGGUUGAAUCAGCUCUUUGGUUUGUGGAAGGGUUGGCGAUCCAGUGGAUGCUGACACUCAUGAAAGAGAGAGAUUUUUGUUGAUUCCCUUUGCAAUUUGAUGUUCCACUUCCAUGGUGUUCCAGAGGGUCCUCCAGUGAUCUGGAGCAGGUUUUUGGGCUGUACAGGACAAAAAUCAACCCCUUUCCUUCCUGUUAGUAGAAAAUUCCUUGCACAUGAUCUCUGGAGCAAUUGUAGCUUGAGAAAAUAAAAUAUAUUUCAUUCUUGAGUAAACUUAGCUGAUAGAGUGAUUGGGUAGCAUUUGUAAUUACAUUUUAUGUUCAUGUCAAUGUUAGGAAAAUUGGAAUUGCCUAAUUCAAUAACCAGUUCGAUAUAUUUCCCAAGAUGAGGCCAUCCUAAUAUUUCUCUAGUGGAACUAUCUUAGGUUUUCCCCUCUAAUUGUUAUUCUGUCUUGCCUAUUAUUGCCCACUGUGGCUGGCAGCAGAAACAACAAAGAGACUUGUGGCUUCCUAAAGAUUAACAAAUGUUUUUAAUUCAUUCGUAUUGUGCAAAUUUAUAAACAGGUUCACAAUCUGAGACCAUCAAAGUGAUAUACAACAAGGCAAAAAUAAGAUUAAAUAUAAAUUCUAAUAACACAUAAACCAUUCCUACAGAUGCACAGUUAAUGUUUCAUAAUCAAUUAGGUCACACCUUAGGGGAAACCAUCUUAAACAGAAAUGUAUUCAGUAGGUGCCUGAACGUCAUGAUGUUGGGUGUCUUAACUAAUUUCAGCUGGUAAUUGAUUCCAGAGGGCUGGAACUGCAACACUAAAAGUCCAGUUUCUAGUGUAACCUGAGCAUACCUAUGGGGCAUGCAGUACUCUCAGAAGCAGCCCAUCUGAGAAGCGCAGUUGCUGGGCAGGGGCAUAUGGGGGGUGGGGUUGAUCCUUUAGGUAACCUUUCUUAGCAUAACCUUGUUUCCUGAGAUACCAAGGAUAGAAAUUAGGAUCAUUUAUUUAUUACACAGACGGAGCCUCAAAUAGUAUAUUGAAACAGAAUGAGGUUGCAGCUUUAAUAUUUAGUUACUGGAGUGUUUUCUUAGUCUCGCAUUAUUAAUCUGAAACUACACUAGAGUAAAUAGGAUGAAAAAGUUUGGAAAUAUAGUCUAAAUUCUGGGAACACUGCAUUCCUUGUAUUCCCAUUUGUGCACCUGUUAGGCACAAGCCUGAGUAAAUAAUGAACUCUGUUCCAUGACUUAAAGUCUGGGUCUGGCAGAUCAACUGGGAUAUUGAAUGCCAUAGUCCAAUUCCUCCACGAAAAGCAAUCUAUUCCCAUAGGUUUAUAGCUGGUGGUUGCAGCUGAGUUAUUUGAGCUUAUAUCUGUUAUGGCGAUGAUGCAUGGGAAGCAUGGUGAUUUCACAGUUGUCAAGGCUCAACUCAUUCUGUGAUAAAAGCGUAGUUUGAGAAAGUUGAUCCCUAGGCUGAUGUCACUCACAUGAUGUUUUCCCGUGUGUGUGUGUGUGUGUGUGUGUGUGUGUAAUGAUCAGUACUAAAGGCAAUGUCACGUAGCAUAUAGUGCUGAAUUUAGCUUGUGGUGUACAUUUUAAAGUAACUUGAUAAAAAAUGAAUGUAAACUUGAUGACAUAUACAUAUUCUAGACUACCAAAAGCAAAGUGAAAAUUGGCUCUUUUUGGAGAUUCCAAUCUGUGUUUAGCACUUGACUUCUUAUAUAGAACAUUGCCAUCCAUUAAGAGCUAGCAAUGCUCAAAUGAAGUGUGUCAUUUCAGAUUUGUGCACACAACAUGCAGGGUUUUUUUUGUUUUUGUCUUAUUUGGACUCUGGCUUGGUGUAAAAGCUUUUAGCAUAACACACUGUUCUUCCCCUUUAUAGGAUUAUGCCAAGGAAAGGUAUGGAGUAUUGCCGCUGAUCCAGUCUCAGGAGAAGCCAGGUCAGUUUCAAAAUUCUGGAAAGCAUACAAAAACCUAUUGGGUUGUAAAUACCACAAUCUGCAAGAUAGUGCUGAUAGUUGUGUCAGGUCCAAUAUACAGAUAACCAUUUCUAGCUGCAGUGGAGCCAGUCUGUCUGAGGGAAAAAAGGUAAGAGGUUGUUUCACUUCAUGCUUGCAGUUAACAAAAUACUGUGGAACUUCAGCUAAAUUUAACACAUGACAAAAAACAAACAAACCCCAGUCACACUUGCUAUGUGCUAAAAAUCUGAGAGAACAAUUGGCACAUAUUAAGACAAAAAAUAUAGAGGCCCCUUUCUCUUUGUGAGCUAAUGAAUCCUGUUUGCAGAAUGCCUGUGCAAGGACUUCUGCUUGCGCAGAUGGGGCUCCCCCCCUUCUCCCUCCCUCCUUGCACCCCCCAAAAUCUGCUUUGAGGGGAUCAGGAGAAGCCCUGGAACAUCCCACGGGAGGAGGAGAGGUGGGAUUGCUGAGUCUAGAAAGCCAGAAUGCUUGCCAUGACGGAACAAUUGCCUUAGCACAACGUUAGAUUCCUUCUUGAAUCUUUGCUUGCAGAUCUAAAUUUCAAUGAAUACAAUUGGACUGAUUUCUAGGCAUUCAUAGGAUUGCAGCCAUGGUUUCUUGUAAUCAUACAUCAAGUACAGUGGUACCUUGGGUUAAGUUCUUAAUUUGUUCCGGAGGUCCGUUCUUAACCUGAAACUGUUCUUAACCUGAAGCACCACUUUAGCUAAUGGGGCCUCCUGCUGCCGCUGCGCCGCCGCUGCACGAUUUCUGUUCUCAUCCUGAAGCAAAGUUCUUAACCUGAGGUAAUAUUUCUGAGUUAGCGGAGUCUGUAACCUGAAGCGUAUGUAACCUGAAGCAUAUGUAACCUGAAGCAUAUGUAACCCGAGGUACCACUGUAUGGGGAAGCCAUCCAAAAGUUGUUUAACUCCCCUUGGCCAUAGUGGCCAACGGUUAUGGAUGAUGGGAUUUGAAGUCCAUCAGCUUCUGGAGGGCUACACCUCCACUUGUUGGCCUCUGUCUAUCUCAAGAGACAGUGCUGUAUGCCUCCGGCACCAAACUGACACCCUGAGAUAAAAGGCUGGGCAGUGUAUAUGGAGGUCCUGUGCUGCCCAUACGACAAGACUUCCCUCUCAGCCUUGUAGAUAUGGUCAAAAGGAAAACAGAGUAAUAUGCUGGGCACCAUUUUAACUGCAGGAGUUGCCAGAAGGAGGUGUACAAGGCGCUAUCCAACCAUCUUAGGGACUCCAUUCCGGAUUUGUGUAGGGUUUACUCCCUAGCCUUUUCUUCUCCUGAAUAUAUCUCACAAGGUAUCAGAGGUUUAGGUUCAGAGUUUUCCUUCUCCUAGAUGGGCUCCCUUCCCAGCUUGACGAGCCCAAUCUGCCCUUCACUUCCCUCUACAGCUCAUGCAGAAACCACCCUCUUGACCAUUGGACCUACUAUUGGUCUCAUCCGCUCAAUCCGCUGGAGCCUGUCUUCACAUGCAGGGGAAGUCCCUAACUCACUGAGGAUUUGAGAGCCAUCAAAUACCCUCACCUGGUUUAGCUGGCCAGUCGAAGCCGUUUCCUGGGGUUUGAGUGCUGUCGCGUGCUGAUGGCUUCUAGGAGCCACAGGAGAGAGAUGAGUGCAGGGUGGGGACCAAAGAUGGGACAAACUAUCCCAGAAAGAGAAUGACGUGUCCCUUACCAGGGGUACUACCCCUCGCCUAACACUCCACACCCCUCCUCUUACGUAAUUAGAAAAGGAGCAUUAGAUAUGCACAAAACGUAGCUAAUAAUGGCCUUUUUUCAAUUGUUGGGUGUGGCCCAGCAACUCACUUGGGCUAAUAAGACAGUUUAUUUGUACAGUGGUACCUCGGGUUACAUACGCUUCAGGUUACAGACUCCGCUAACCCAGAAAUAGUACUUCGGGUUAAGAACUUUGCUUCAAGAUGAGAACAGAAAUCAUGUUCUGGUGGCGCGGUGGCAGCAGGAGGCCCCAUUAGCUAAAGUAGUGCUUCAGGUUAAGAACAGUUUCAGGUUAAGAACGGACCUCCGGAACGAAUUAAAUACGUAACCCAAGGUACCACUAUAUGUCUACAAAUACAUCAAGCCACUCCUGCGCACUUGCCUGUUUCCCGGGUAGGCAUGUUUAUGGCUUCAGUUCAGCCUUGCAGAUAAGUCCAUAAUAGAUAUUACACUACAUGAAUUUGUAUUUGGGCAUAAUGCCAGCCUUUGAGAAGUCAUGUUCUGUGUGCGAGCUGGGAGUAAUCCAAGCACAUAUGUGUUGGGAUGUAUAUUGUGCUGCGUUUGCAAAAUGCAGCUUUGAAGAAGAAACAAAUUGAGAGGUUUGGUUCUCAUUUUUGAGAGAGAAAGAGAAACAUGAGGGGAGAAAUUGGGCAGUGGUUCACUGCAUCAUGUAAAGAAGGAAUUGGAAGGAAUAGAAAGUUGGAUAGCGCUUUAAAAAGGUUGAUUAAGUUGCCAUUGUGGAUUGGAGAAAAGGAAAGCAUUCAGAUUCAAUGUUUAAAGAAACAAGUUAUUAGAACUUUCUUCUUCUUUAAAAAAAAAACACCAUUAAGGAAAAGCAACAGAUUACUUCACCUACUUGUGCAAAAAUACUUUUGUGCAGUAUGUUUCUCUUUAGCAGUUGCUUUCUGAUUUUUUUUAUAGAAGCAGUGCAAUAGUUGAAAAUAAUUAUUUGGACCUUGUCAGAACAUGUAGUCAAAUGUGUUUGCCAUCUGGUUUUAAUGAAAGUUGGGCCAUUAUGUCUACAGUAUUUUUUUAAAAAGUUAAUCUAAUGCACAUUUUGGGUGAUGCCUUGAACAUUAGGGACUUAUGAAAAGUGUGAUACCUCAUUUUCUCCUUUUUAUUCAUGUCUGGAAAAUGUUGCCGCUUUGUAAUAAUUUUAAAUCGUUGAUGUAAUUUUGUCUGACUAAGGCUUCGCAGAUCUGUUUCAGUUAUCGUUAGCAUUGGUGAAACUUGAAAUUGGAUUAGAACUUGUUACUCAGUUUCAUCGUUUUUUAUUUUUCCACCUCAAGGGCAUCAACAGUGUAGUAGUGUAUCCCUUUUACCACAGAUCCCUGUUUCAGAGUAAUUUGUUUUCAACAGCUUAAUCCAAUGCAUGUUUCCUAGAAAGUAAAUCACAAUGUGUUCAGUGAGUCUGACACUAUCUGUUAAGUGUGUUUAGGAUUUUCUGUCUAAACUACUUAGAGAAGACAACAUCUCCCCUUCAUGGAAGAGCAGUGGUUACCUCUAACCAUUCCCAAACUUAUUCAUAUCAACAGAAUUACCUCUGAGAUUCAUGGUAUUCUUCACAUAGAACUUCCUUAGAGUCAUCUUAUCCUUUUAAAAGCUUAAAUGAAUCUGCAGAACCUAAAAGAAUUAUUCUGAAGAGAAGCCAACCUCAGCGUAUAAUAUAGUAGUUGUAUAGCUGUGAAGAUAUUCAGAAAGUGAAAAAUUAACAAAACAGACACAGCCUGGAAUAGGAAGACACUAAAGUCAGAAGUUGGAAAGAGAGAGAGAGAGAGAAAAAAAACUUAGUGUGAAAAGAGCAGACAUCUAUGGUACUACACAAGGUAGUUGUGCUUCCGGACAGAAAGAACCAACUCCAGUACCUGAAGCAGUGGUUUUCAACUAACACAGAUAUUAAUAGUUUACAAGAUUGCUUGCCUUAUUAAAAAGGCAACAUUAUUUAUUAUUUAUAAAAUGUGCAUACCACUUAGCAUGAAGAGAAAUCUCUAAGCGGCUAUCGUAAAAUGUAAUUUAAAAAGUCAAUAUAAAUUCAUAUAAAAUGCAGGAAUCAAAUAAAAUCUUAAAAGCUAAGUAAAAAUAGAAUAAAACUGAGCAACGUGGACCUUGGCAUGGGGGAUGAGUUGGGUUUUCGUUGUGAAACGGAGCAGCUUUCACCAAUGGCAUCCCUAGGGCAGAGAGUGGGAUGGCCUGUAGCCAUCUGGGUUUCCCCACCACUCCAAUGGAUAUCCCAUCCUCUCAUUUUCUGACCAUGACAUGCAAUCUUUGUAUGCACAGUACUUCAUAUUCUCUCUAUCCCCCACCACAGACUCCUUAACUUGCGUACCUUCUAUAAAGCACUACAGUACUCAACUUAACAUUCAUUCAUGCUGCUCCACCUAUUCCAUUCCCUCCUCUAAAGCACUGGUCAGAUUAUUCAAAGGGGUAGAACUAUGUGUGUGUGUGUGUGUAUGUGUGAACCAGUAAACCCUCAUACCCAGGGAGAGGUACCAUGCAUAAUGUAUUGCUGUCAUUCAAAUGGGAGGUUAAGAGAACAUGUGCCCAGACUUCAUAUCCAGUACCAAGUCAGAGAUGGUGAACUGACUGAUGCUGGGAAAAGGCAUCCCUUGCCACCAAGUUUCAUUUCUGCCACGAAUGCAUUGUAAAUAGUUUUCCUUGUACAUAAAAUCUACAGGGUAGCUUUGUUGCAUCAAAAUGGCUAUUGUUUCCCCUUCCUAUGAAUAUAAUAGCUAACCAAGUAAUGUAUUGCCUGCAGAUCGUGUAUUGGUUCGAAUAAAGGACUUGACAGCAGAGAAAGCCGAUGACGUCGUCUGGGUUCGUGGGAGGAUUCAUACCAGCAGAGCAAAAGGUAAGCUUAGCUCUUCCAAGAUUGCCAUAGAUAAGCCUUUCUCAACUUGGUGCCAUCCUGAUGUUAUUGGACCACAACUCCAUCAACCCUGAUCAUUGGCCACGGUGGCUGAGAUUGAUGGGAGUUGUGGUCCAAAAUUAUAUUGAGGGCACCAGGUUGGGGAAGACUGUCCUAGACUGUUUAUGCACCAUUUAUUUAUUUAGAUGAUUUAUGUACUGCCCACAGCUUAUGACAAAUCAAACUAUCUGUGGAUCUGUCCUUUAUUAAAGGUCCAUGAAAAUAACACAGUUCUUUAAAAACAUUUUAUUAUGGGUCAGGAAGGGUCAGGUUUUCUCCCCUUGUCCUGAUGCUUUCUAGAACUACAGUGGUACCUUGGGUUACAUACGCUUCAGGUUACAUACGCUUCAGGUUACAGACUCUGCUAACCCAGAAAUAUUACCUUGGGUUAAGAACUUUGCUUCAGGAUGAGAACAGAAAUUGUGCUCCGGCGGCGCGACAGCAGCAGGAGGCCCCAUUAGCUAAAGUGGUGCUUCAGGUUAAGAACAGUAUCAGGUUAAGAACGGACCCCUGCAAUGAAUUAAGUACGUAACCAGAGGUAGCACUGUACUCUGAAUAGCAGCUUAGGGAAUUUUAAAGAAAAUAUUCCAGCCUGCUGUGUCAAGGAUAUCUGUGUCAAGGAUAUCUAGAUAUCUCCCUGGCAGAAAAUGGGGUGGAAGGGUACCCAGCAACAAGCUGAAGGCCUUGCUUGAAAUGAUAGCUAGGCUGUUUACUCAGGAGUAGAUUGCUAGGAGAUGGCCCCAGACUGCUCGCUUGGAAAUAGUUGCAUGUGUUUAAAGGUGCUCUAGAUUCUUGCUUUCUGUGUCUUUUCCUCCUGGAUUUUUAUGGAAUGUUACACUCUUGAGAACGGUUUGCCAGAAAUGCAGUAGCCAAAACUUUAUUUCUGUUUUCCAUUUUGCAAAAUACAUGUGCCCGUAUUGCUGCGUUAGUUCUUUUUCUAUAGUUAAACAUGGUAGAAAAAGACCCACAGGUAAAUACGGUGCUUUCAAGAAGGCUGUAUAAUGAAAUACUUACUUUUAAAUGCCUCUAAUGUUAUAAAGUACUAUUUUGAAGUAAAAUUUAAAACCAUUGCUGAAGUAUCAGCCAUCAGGCAUACUAGAAUUUCUCUUUUCAAGUUGGAUAAUCGGAAUAAAGCUAGUUUGUGUUACUUCCUAAGUUUUAAAGGAAAUGGGAAACCCUGGAACGAAUUGGCCUUUCAUGUAGCCCCGCACAAAAUAUGUCAGCUCAUUAUAUUUUUUAAAAAAAUUGUUCUUACAGUGGCCUCAAAGAAAUCCUUAUCUAAGCUUGAGCUCCAUGGCAUGGCUUGUUCAGACAGAACCACCUGCCUGUCAUUUUUCUUCACUGUGGGAGCACUACUUCUCUUGGGGAUCACUUUCCAUUGCACAAGUUUAAAUAUGCUUUGACCUCUUCAGGUGACAUACAAGUCUGACAGAUGUUCCAUUUGUUUGAACUUCACUUACCUCAUGGUUGAGAAACCAUACAUUUAAAGAAAAAAGGCUUUCCGGAACAAAAUAUGACAAUAGCUUGAGGAACUGGAGUUGAACUCUGCUCCCCAAAAUCUUUGACAUGCUUGAUAGAAAUGCUUCUUGUAUUGGGCAUAAAUAGGGAGAAAAGAAAGGUUAGUUACUAAAUCUGGUCAGUUACCAGAUACUAAAUCUGGUCAGUUAUCCCAGUUACCAGUCACUAUAGUUUCAUACUUGUUCUGGGGGCAUAAAUGUUAACAGUAAAUGUUAAACAUUUAUUUUAAAGGUCCCAGGGAUUUUUGUGUUUGUGUGUGUGUGUGAUUUUCAAAAUAAUAAUAAUAUACAGUCAUUCCUUGGUUAUCGAACAGCUUGGUUCUCAAACGUUUUGGCUCCCGAAUGCCGCAAACCCGGAAGUGACUGUUCCGGUUUGCAAAUUAUUUUUGGAAGCUGAAUGUCCGAAGGGGUUUCCGUGGUUUCCGAUUGGCUGCAGGAGCUUCCUGCAUUUUGGUUUCCAAACGUUUUGGAAGCCAAACAGACUUCCAGAACAGAUUCCGUUCGACUUCCAAGGUACGACUUUACUAGCAAAUGUUCAUAGUGGCCUGAAUGGGUGUGCCAGCUUUAACUUGCAUAUAUGUGUUUUAAAAAUGGAAAGAUGUGUAAUCUUACACAGCCAUGAAGCUUAUCUGGGAUGGUUGGCAUGCACACAUGAGUGCCAAUAUUCACUCAGAGUUAGAUAGUUGAAAGAGCGGCACUGGCUAGUUUAUGGUUUUAGUAUACAAAGCCCUAAGCAGCUCAUGACCAAGUUAUCCAAGGGAGCAUAUAGACCAGCCUUUCUCCUGUACAGACCAGCCUAGUUGCUGUGAUCUGCGGAGGAGGUCUGUUAACAGUACCAUGGCCUGUAGAAGUGCACCUUAUACUGGUGCAGGGGAGAUCUUUCUUCGGCAGGACACCUCCUUUGUGGAAUGAACUGCCCAUAGAGAUCAGGUGGGCUUCAACUCUGUGAUGUUUUUGCUGACAAAUGAAAACAUACCUGUUCAUCUGGGUAAUUCCCUGACCAUUAAUUCCUGUUGCUCAACAUUCCUGGCCACUGUGAUUGAUACUUUUAACUUUACAGUGGUACCUCGGGUUACAUACGCUUCAGGUUACAUAGGCUUCAGGUUACAGACUCUGCUAACCCAGAAAUAGUACCUCGGGUUAAGAAUUUUGCUUCAGGAUGAGAACAGAAAUCGGGUGGCGGCAGCAGCGGGAGGCCCCAUUAGCUAAAGUGGUGCUUCAGGUUAAGAACAGUUUCAGGUUAAGAACGGACCUCCGGAACGAAUUAAGUACGUAACCAGAGGUACCACUGUAUUUUAUUGAUCUGGUUUUAGUGCUGCAUCUUGCUGUUUCACUUGUUUGUGAACCACCUUGAUAAUUCUCAAAAUGAAGGAUGGUAUAGAAAUAAAUGAAUAAAUAUAUUUCUUAAAAUGGUGACCUUAUUUUAUUUCAGAAUUACCCCCCCUCCACUUCAAAAUGAGAUUCCUGCAUUGCAGGCGGUUGGACUAUAUGAUCCUCAUGGUCCUUCCCAACUAUGAUUCUAUAAUUCUCAGUAGAAUUAAGAACAAGCGAACAACUUGGACAGUGACCCGUGUUCAUACGCUGGGCUAAACCAGGAGUGGAUAGCCUCCCCCCCCCCCACUUGAGAGACCAUAAUCCCACACCAGUGGUAGGCAGAGGCAGAGCAGAUGAUGGGUGGAGCUAGAGACAAGUUUCUGGAUUAACUAAUCCAGAGUAAAAUCCACCCUGCUUCAAUUUUCACUGUGGUUGCCUUACAUUAGAAUUUCCGCUCUUGUGUGGUUAACUUGGAAGUAAAGCCUAUUGAGUUUGAUUCAGUUGCACUCAGAUAUGCAGAGUAUUUUAUCUUUAGAACAACAAACCAAUAAACCCCCUGUUGUGGAAAGCAAGUGAAAGUAACCCCUUUCUGACUUUAGUGUGCCGCACACACAUGCAUAUAUGACAGAAGCAUACAAAUUUGAUCUUGGAAAGUUGAGGGGGAAAGUUCCAUAGGGAAGAAGCAGGGGGAGGGAGUUUAUUUCUUAUAAAAUGAACUACUUCCAAUUAUAUUAAAACUGCAUGAAGGGAGGGGAAACACAGUAAGUAGCCAGGAAAAAAUAAGUAGGAAACAAACACAAAUGAAGGAACUCUAUGGGGAUGGAAGGAUGGGGGCAGCACAAGGCAGCUUCAGGAGGCUAUAGGGGCUGCCUAAAAUGAGACGGGGUUCAGAUUUCCCUCCUGUGUGCUGAUGUGAAAAGUUUAGUUUCAUAUGAAUGAGACCAGGCAAGCUUCAGGUUUGUGAUCUCCCCCACUUUUGCGUCAUGACUGCAAGGAGGGAGUUUUCAAAAGCUUUCGCUUCUACUUUUGCCUAACCACAGCCUGCCACGUUAUCCAAACCGUGGUUAAUUUCAAUUUGUUGCAGACAAAUUAACUCUUGCGCAGUUGUGGAAAUGCAUAAUACCGCAUGGUGCGUUCAGAUUCUCCUAAAAAGCCAGAGAUCUUAAUGAGAAUUCUCCCAAGGUUUGGAAAGACCCAACCUGGGGGCACUACUGCCCCAGCCCCUUUGUAUUUGUCUCCCUCUUGCACCCCUCCCUCGCCAGAUUUGCAAAUUGUGACAGGAGGGAUUCAAAAUGUACAACACCAAUGCUGCCUAAAUUUCCAGAUCAUUUUUGGGCCUGCUUGAAACCACCAUUGUCCAGAGGAGCACUGGUAAAUUCAUUGUUAAAAUAAAAUUUAAAAAGCCACCAGAGAAAUGAAUCCGAGUGAAUAAAGUGCUACACUUCACAGCGUCACAUGCUCUGAGCACAGUCUGGAGUCAUUGGUAUGGCUCAGAAGGAACAGAUCCCCCCUUAACUAUGCAAAUGAGGGUUCCCCCCCCUACUGGUCAGUGAAUUUUAUAUAUAUAUGUGUGUGUGUGUGUGUGUGUGUGUGUGUGUAGCGGGAAAUUAGAAUGCUGGAACAGUUUAACCAGCCUUCAGCUUUAGGCUGGGCUACUGGUCUCCCUUAUUUCCAUUCUCUUUCAGAUUUAUAUGUUUGUAAAAGGGUGGGGAAUGGGCAGGUGAGAAGACUGGUGCUGAGGGCUUGUCUUGGGAUGGGUAGAAAAUUUCUGAAUGGGCAAGUUGGUUUCCUUAUGCCCCUUUCUAAAAAUCUUUCUAUCCCUCGUACCGUGUCAUGAUAAAAGAAUCACUCAAGAGUCUGAAAAUGUAUUAACGUACACAGCUGAGAGCCUUUCUGCAAGCUUGAGCAUAACAAGAUAUCAUACUGUGCAAUAAUAAUAUUUGUUGGGGGGCCACGGGCUAGUUGCUAUCUCUCAGGUUAACUGUGAGAAAAUAUGGAGAUAAACCCAUUUGUACUUCUCGGAGGUGCUUGGUAUAAGGAUGGGAUUAGAAAGUGACACGUCUGAUUAGGGGUUGUACUGCGUAAGGCAGAGAGAUGACGAAUUUCCCUGUCUGCCUUAUGUUAGCCGCAAUAUUUGGCCCAAACCACUAACUGGUAGGAAUCCAAGCUGUCAAACUAAAAAUGAGAUGUGUGAUUCAGGUUCCGUUGGUGGCAAGCAUUGGAGGAACUGAUAUGAGUCUCGGUAGAAGUCCACUCGCCAGUUCAUUGCAACAUUAAUGUUAUGAGUCAGAAAGCUGUUUCAAAAGGUGUUGAGUUGCAUAUGGAAAAUUCAUCUUGUCUGUUUCGCAGAAUCGCAAAAGAGUGAGAGUGUGUUUUAAACAAUAGUCAUUUGUUCCUGUGGACAAUUGGAUUUAAAACAAGUACCCGUGAGUAGAAACGGAAAAUUGGAUCAAGAAAUAUCUUAAUUUGGCAUCGAAGCGGGAAGGUUCAAAACAGGAAGUCCGCCUUCCGCUUUUUGUACAUAGACUAAAGCAAAAAUUUUGUAAGCUAAAGCCUGGAAAGCCAUCAAAAAAGUCUAAAUUUCCUUCAUGUAGAAUUACUGAAACCCCCUUGGAAGCAGGAGAAAAGAGGGGGGGGACUUUGUUUAACCCCUGCAGGAGAGGGAGUGAAGAAGGAUAAGUUUCCACCGUCUCUAACCUGGGAACGGGGUGUCAGAGACAGAAAUAGUUGGAGAGGUUCAUUGACUGUGAAUGGAAUACUUUGACAGAAAGCCAAACAAAAGAAAUAAACUGAUUCCAAUGUUGCCUUUUGCAUUCUAAAGAAAAAAAAUAUCUGAAAAAUAUCUGAAAAAUGAAAGUAAUUUUCCUUUGUUGGACUUGCCUUAAAAAAAAAAUGGAUACAAAUAGAAAUUGUCUCCUCUAGAGGGAGCUUGUUAAAUUGUUGCUGCAGUAUACUUAAGGAUUCAACAGCUGUGAGAUUAAGAUCGUGGGACCAGUCUUUUUUGACCUUGACUAAAGAUGAGCUGGGAGGAAGAUUGGGUGCUUGCUUUAUGCAAGACAAGUGCCCUGCUGGAACAGAUGCAUGAGAAGAUGGAUUUGAUGAAUGAGAAAAUGGACUUGAUGACUGUUGUGGUUAAUAACUGUGGACAAACAGGGAACAUUGAUACAGAAACCAUUCAGGGACCAACUCAUGAACCUGUACUGACUGGGCAAGUGCAGAAGAUAAUGGAGGAGGAUGCGGUUGCAUCUCAAAUAAUACAAAUGGAGAGACCCGAGGCCCUACAGGAGCAUAAGCCGAUGUCAUUGAAGAUUGAAGUUGGAGCGGGCCAGGGGGAGUCUGGAGCUGAGGAGGUUCCUAACUUUGGAGAGACCUUGAAAUAUGCUUUUAAAUACCUUUUGGAUUACAUUGAUGACUGUGGGGAGUGGGACUGUGGGGAAUGGGCGGGUUUGAUGAAGGGAGAUGGAGAAUUUUGGGUUGGAAUCCCCCAGAGACCUACUCCUCAAUGAGAAAGGAAAGAAAUUAAGAAAGAGACCAACAAAAGACAAGGAAAAGGGCAAGUAUAAACAAGAAGAAGAAGAUGAUCUGCAGAAGGGACAUGGAAGAGACUUAAGGGCCUCGGACAUAAGACUUCCAGGUUGAUGGACUAGAUGGAAUGGACAGUAAGGACUGACACGACCCGAGACCAGGAAGAAGAGACGUUGGAUGAAGAUUGGAAGAAAAUUUAUAAAGAAAAUUUUUAUUUAGGGAAUUAGCCUAAAAUCAAUGAAUAUUAGGGAAAAUGUUGGAAUGAAACUAUAUGACUCUAGCAGAAAUGUUAUCAGGAGUUAUGUAUAUUUGAGUAUUAAGAUUCAAGCUUUAAGGUACUUUAUGGUAAGAUAAGGUUAAAUAAAUUAAGGUAAUUUGAAUAACAGAAUAUGGGGAAAGAUGGAAAGGAUUUGUUGAGCUAAUCAUUAGGUUAAAUUAUUAAGAUAAAUUAUUUAACAAAAAUUGAGAAAGAUGGAAAGAAUUUGCUGAAAUAACUAAUUAAAUUAGAAUACAAAAAGGGAGGUGUGAGGAGGUCAAUGAAACAAACAAAUGGAAGUUAUAGAUAUGUAAUUUGGGAUUUGUGUCUUUUUUUCCCUUUUUUAUAAUCUUUUUGCUGUAUUGUUGUAUUGGUUUUUGGGUUUUUUUUUCUUUUUUAUGUAUUGUAGUGUUGUUUUUUAUUUUCUGUUCUUUUCUAUAAUUCUGAAACUAUUAAUAAAUAUUAUUUUAAAAAAAAUAAACAAUAGUCAUUUUAAUCAGAAAUGGCCAUGAUCUCUGACACAGAUACUUGGCAGAAUACCACAUAUAUAUUUCUGAGUUAAAUAAACAGAGGUAUUAACCAGGUUUCAUAAUAGGUUUCCUUCCAUUUCCCCCCCUCUACUGAAAAGAGAAAAUGUGAACAAUCCUGAGAGACAGAAAAAGAACACAUUCUCAGCCAGUGGAGGAGUGGAGCAUACAGGCAGGGACUAACUUCUCCUGAAAUAGGUGUCAAAAACACUUCUUCAAAAAACCAAUUAGUGGAUCCUGGAAGGGGAGGUAAAGGUAAAGGGACCCUUGACCAUUAGGUCCAGUCGUGGCCGACUCUGGGGUUGUGGCACUCAUCUCGCUUUAUUGGCCAAGAGAGCUGGCGUACAGCUUCCGGGUCAUGUGGCCAGCAUGACUAAGCUGCUUCUGGCGAACCAGAGCAGCGCACGGAAACACCGUUUACCUUCCCGUCGGAGCAGUACCUAUUUAUCUACUUGCACUUUGAUGUGCUUUUGAACUGCUAGGUGCGCAGGAGCAGGGACCGAGCAACGGGAGCUCACCCCGUCGCGGGGAUUCGAACCGCCGACCUUCUGAUCAGCAAGUCCUAGGCUCUGUGGUUUAACCCACAGCGCCACCCGCGUCCCAUAAGGGGAGGUAGCCUCCUUAUAAGGGGAGUCAAACCUCCAGGCUUGACUCUAGCAAGCAAGCCUAAGACCCUCUAGCCUGUAUCUUACACAGGGGCUAGAGUGCAUCCUCCUUCUCCUAGUAGGCUCUAAUAUCCGAGGGGGAAGCACCACAUUCAGAGGGCAAGCGACUGAUCCCAUUCUUCCUGGAAUCACUCAGAUUGCAUCUGCAGCAGUGAGACACAGAAGGGACCAGAGAUGUAGCUCCCAACUACCUCUGUGUCACAGUGCCUUCAGGCCCCAAUGCGCUCUCUUUCUCUCCCAUUCCCCCCACUAGUCACUGACAGGCAGGAGCAAUCAGAGAAAAAGGCUGAAUAAGACCUUCCAGGGGAAGAUAACAGGAGAAAGGUGGUGAGGCAUCCUGAGAAGGAUGAAAGCAAGUUUUGCAAUACGGAUGCUGGAGGCAUCCUGAGAAGGAUGAAAGCAAGUUUUGCAAUAAGUCCUCUCAAUCUUUUUAUCCAUCUGUUGCAGAGAGUUGGGGGAACCCCCAGAGCAGAUUUGGGAGUGGGGUGGGAGGAAGUGAGGAAGCAGAAUCCUGUUGCUGUGAGCAAAAGCCAUUCCGCCAGUGCAGUUACCUUUUAAUUUACAGCGCAGUCCUUUGCGUGUCUACUCAAAAGGAAAUACCAUUGAGUUAAGUGGCGUUUACGUCUUGGGCACAUGUGUAUAGGAUUGCAGCCAUAGAGAUGCCCACAAAAUUUUAUGUAUAUUUGCACCCACUUCACAAAGACAACUGUUGUAAAAUAAGAAUAAGUUGUUUGAUCAUUUCAAGUGUCCUAAAUACAUAGGCUGCAAUCCAAAGAGCUUAUUUGGCUUUUUUUUAAAAAAAAAUGAAAUUAUUUGGAACUAUGAAAAGGUUAUUGUGAGUAAAAAAUCUGUGCCAAAGGAUGCACAUGUCUGCCUGUAGGCUUUGCUUUGUGAGCGUUUAAAAGUCUGGCUUAAUUUUAAAGUAGUAGAACAUAUUUUUGUAUUCAUUCAGAAAGAUCCCAAGUAACGUGCCCUGAAUACACCUGCAUUGUUCCUUCCUCUUUCUUUUCAGGAAAACAGUGUUUCUUAGUCCUACGUCAGCAGCAGUUUAAUGUCCAGGCUCUGGUGGCUGUGGGAGACCAUGCAAGUAAGCAGAUGGUAAAGUUUGCUGCCAAGUAAGUAAGCAAUUAUAUCCUGUUGUCACAGUAAACAAUGGUGGGAACCCAGGCUCCCAGUGGUUGGGACCAUUUUCGCACAUUAACAUCAAUGCCACGUUUGUUUUUAAAAUGUAGUUAUUUAAAUUGUCAGCUCACUAUAGUGUUGAAUGCAUUACACUUACAAAGACAAAAUGGAACACAGCCUUGAAAUUCAUUCUGAACUGCUGGGGGAGCAUUCUGUCUCCGCAGACAGCUCCUAUUUACUUUCAAGCUGGCUAACAAAAAGGUUGGCAGGCUGAACUCGGACACAUUAUUUUGUCGGAUGUUUGUGUGUGCAUGUGAACACAGGCUCAAUCUUUUUUUAUUUAAGCAUGAGAUCUUUACUGUGUAAUGUAUUCUGCCUCAUUUAAAUGCAAAGUGCAAAUUGAAGGUAUUUAGAAGUUCAGCAGUGCAAUUUUUUUCUCUCCAAAAGACAGAAAGGGUUAGGAACCUAAUUUGCACUCUUGUAAUCUUCAUUACUGGAACUAAAACUUGUUCUGUGUAGCAUUCCUGCCCGCCCCCUUCCUCAAGUCCCCCUCCCCCAAUUGUAAUUGGCUCUGUUUCUAUUUUAGCAAGAAGCAUUAUGGUCAAGGCAAGGGUUUGCCUUCUCUCCACAGGCGCCUUUAAGAUUGGGGUCUGAGUUGACAGCUGCCUGGGUUACCAAAGUAAUUUGGGAAUGAGGGCAGAAAGCAAGGUACCCUGGAAACAAGCUAGGCAACAGAACUAGAUUGUGGCACUAGAGCAGGCUUCCAGUUCUGAUCUUAGAACUCUCUCUACGUCUGGGCCUUGCAUUGUGUGUAAAGUUACACUACUGAGAGUGGGUGGGUUAUCCUUUGCACCUUUUAGUUUUGAGACCACCGAUUGGUUUGAUCCCUUACACGCCUAUGUAGCAAAGUGGCCUUUACAAGAACAGAACAUGUUUCUGUGUCCAGCUUUUGACUUGGUACACCCAGGCUUUAAAUUAUGAGUCUACCUUAGUAUGGAGAACUCAAGAUACUUCUGUUCUGUUUCUCAACAUAGCUUUCGUGGCUCAGGGGUGGGCCCUAAAUGCAUGCCAGAAGGUGUAGACAGUUCUGAUGGGGUGGAGAGGAAAGUGAUGCAUUGUUCUCCAUAGAAAAGUUUUUCAGAGGUCCAAACCGUUCUGGAAAUUAAGUUCAAGGCCAUAGGGAGCAGCACAGUCAGUAUCACAUUAGCUUACUAGUAUUUAGAGCAUGUGUAACAUGUUCUGUUAAUUCUUUUAGUGUCUUUGAGAUUCAGUUUUUUUCCUAGUUCCUGGAGAACAUAAUUAGAGAAAUGUGGGUUUUCUCUUUAUUUGGUCUUCCUAAAUGGUGCCCUCGCUUUGGCUCCAACUGUGUCGUGAGUCCUUGAUUGACCUUCCUAAUGGUUUCAGCUCUGCUCUGCACCAGGCAUUUCCUAUUGUAUCCUCUGUUCAUGCCUUCAUACUGAAGGUUUUUCCCCCUAACAAAGCCAUGCAUUUUGCCUCUAAUUGUCAAUUUGUCAUCUCCGUCUCCCUUAGACAACUGCUCCCUAGGCAACUGGUUGUGCUCCCCAGUUCUUUUUUGGCCUUAAUUUGGAGUGCUCCCCACUUAACACUAUACACUUUGAAUUAGCCAGUGUAAAGAAUCAAAUCAAAUCAAAAUCCUACCGACUUGUAGUGAUUACCAAAAAAAGUUGAUGCCAAUCUUGAUUGCUCACUCUAACCUCUCACCACCUUUUGUAAAAGAAAAAGAAGCUUGACUCAAAAGGAGUCUGUCCAAAGAGGAAGGCAUGCUAAUGAACCCAAACCCCCUUCACAUCACAUCUGGCUGCUUCACCCUUUUAUUUCUUUACAGCUUUCUAUAAAAUAGAGGAGAAAAUAAUAAUGUAUACAACGCUGCAUUUGGAGUGGACUUAAGCAUUUAUCCCUGUUCGAAUGCUGUCAGUAUUUCUUAUGUGUAUAUGAAUGAAUGACCUUGCCUUCAUUUCACAUGAUCUGGCUCUCCUACCCAUUUCAUGGGAUCUAUCCGAACACAGUUUUGAACACCUAGCUAUAUAUGAGAGGCAUCUGCAGUUUUCGAGCAUCUUAGGUUCAUACUGCUUCUGCUUCUUCUUGUACAUAGCCAAACAAGUAUAGUUCUCCUUUUCUCAGUGUUAGCACAGAGCUGAGAACUUUCGUAAUGGGGGGAACUAUUGAUAUGAAAUGUUUACCUGAAAAUACUCCAGCUUUCAUGCCAGAAGCUCUUACUCUGAGCGAUGCGUUUCUGCUACUUAGUCAUUAGAAGAAACAUUUUCUUGAUCAAGCUGAAAACAUUUAACAUGCUACUAUUGACUUUGAAGUGCCAGCAGAGUGACACUGCUUAACUCAGUGAUGGCCAAACUUGGCCCUCUAGCUGUUUUGGGACUACAAUUCCCAUCAUCCCUGACCACUGGUCCUGUUAGCUAAGGAUGAAGGGAGUUGUAGUCCCAAAACAGCUGGAGGGCCAAGUUUGGCCAUCACUGGAAUGUAAUGUGUAAGGAACAGUGCAGAACCUAGCCAUGCUUAAACCCAAGACACUGAGAUCUAGUGAGCAUGUGGCAAAACAUGUUACAUUUGUUUUUCCACCAAACCUGUGCAAGAAGGGAAGAUUUCAUUUCAGAAUCAUAUCCCCUCUCCUCCCACCACAUGCUGUUCUGUGCAUAACAUCCCAUAUAGUUUAGCAAGCUGAGAAAUGAGACUGGGGUUGGUGCCUCCCCAAGCCUCUUUCCCCUUUUCAUUCCUGCUUCAGUGAGCUGGUCCUGGUUAGUGUAAACUACAGCUCAUUUUAACCCUGAAAAGAUUUUGAACCUGUUUUGAACACACUACAUGAUGCUGGCUAGUAAACCAACAUUAAAACGGCAAUGCCUUAUUAUGGACAUAGCAGGGAAUUGUAGUUUAAACCAGCAGAGACUGAUGUGCCGAAGCAGACGCACAUGGUUGUGAAUGCUACGUAUGAAAGGGCCCACUAGACCUAUCCAGUUGUUUAGAGGAAAGCUUCCUGCACAGCUCCACUUUCUUGCCAGUCAAGCUGAGCUCUUGUGUAUCAGUGACCAUGGAGCAGUCAUGUCAAAGCCACUCCCCGCCCGCCCCCCGCAACCUUCACUGAAUUUACUGGCACAGUUAAAAUGUUGAAGGUUUAGUGCUACCUUUCUUAAGAGGUGACAUCAAUCGAUUGCUCUCUUUGUUAGCCUUGCUACUGCUGAGUUACAGUAAAUAGGAUAUUGGAGAAGGGAGCAAAGGAUUGCCAAUUGUAGCUCAAUAUAUAAGGUAGCAGGAACUGAUCUCAGGUAGCAAAAGUUGACAUGUUCAUUUAGCAUGGAUUAGUUUCCUAGAGUUUUUACUGUUAACCAGCCUAUUGGGUUGGAUAGUAAAUAACAUUCAGCAUAGCCUAAUAUGCUGCAAAAUAAAACUUUGUUGUAUAUUUUCAAAUAGUAGGCAAGUUAACAUGUAGCGAAAUGGGUCACCAGUACUACAGUUUCUUUAUACAUAUAUUAGUAUUUUUUUUUCAUUGUUCGUUGCAAAUGAAACUUUAAACUCAAACAACAAUUUUGGAACUUGAGUCAUGUAAAGUAUGUUCAGCUUCAGCAAACAGAGCUCAAAUUCAUGAAUACCAAGGUGUUUUAUGAGACUUGACUCAAGCAAUGGGUACUUUUGAAUAAAAGGAUUGAGGGAAAAACCCAAGAAAACUAUUGUUGUAAAAGUCUUUGGCCAUAAGCAGUUAAAGUGUUACCUGGCAUAAACUAGCCAUUGAUUUAAAUUACUGACCCAUGAAACUUGUUUGAUAGGCCUGCAUGAGCUCACUUAGAAGUGGUAAGUACCCACUUCUGUUCUUGUCAUGAUUGAAGAGGUCCUCCCUGGAGCAUCAAUAAUAGAUCUUAGUGUCUCAUUUUGAAAAGAAUAUAUGCUCAUCAGUUUGCAAUUAUGUUGUAUUUCAGAGCCCUAAAUAAGUUAAUGUCAGAUUUUGGAUAGAAUGUAGCCCAGAACCAAAUCUUUAAAUGAAAAUGGACAGAUGAGGACAAACUGAAAUUAAUAUGGUGGUGCACUUUAGGUCAAAAAUUGGUAACCUACAUAUGACUAUAGCCCAAUUAUGGGAUGCCACAUCUUGCAUGUGCCCUUGGAGUUGACCGCAUUUGAGAGAGCAAAAGGAGGCAAUAUGGUCAGAACAGAUCUUUUUGUUGAAUCAGGCUCAGGUUCAGGGAUGCUGUUAUUGUUUAAUUCAAAACAACUAAAAAAGCACUUAGGUGUCAGCUAAAGAAAAAUAACCUUCGUGAACUUUCUGCAGUAUGGAAAGCUUUCUAUCAAGAAACCUGAUUGAAAGUGAUUCAUUACUAAGCGGUGACUGUGGGUUUGAUCUUGCAAUACAAAGUUGUUGAAAGAAGUUUGCUCAAAUGCAACCAGACUGCACAAUCAAUGUGGUUAAAGCAGAAAGUCUUGACUAAUACUUGGAUAGCUGAGCUUGAACGUUGCCAUGUGCAGAAACUGAGUGUUGUUGGCUUUGAUGACAUAAAACUGUUUAACAGUGGAAAUGUAGGUUAUCCAGUUUAAGUUCCUGAAAGGGAUGCAAUGCAAGCACACUUGCGUAUUUAUUGAGCCUCAUGACCUAAAUAAUUUGACCAUUUGGAAUAGCGUGCCUUCGUGGUCUAGUUUGAAAUCAAGUGAUAGAUUGCUCCUCAUAACAUUUUUUUUUAAAAAAGAAUCUGAUUUGGACACAUCCCACAUUGAAGCAGGAUUCUUUGGGCAGAUUUGGGGCUUGUUUUAGAUAAAGUACCCAAAGCAAGAACCUCCAGUGGGACUGGGCUGCUUCAGCAAUGUUAAAAGCAUAUUGCAGACCGUGUGCCUGCAAAAAUUGAAUCCCCCAUCUCGCUCCGCUUGCCAUAUACAAAAAACACCAAGGUGGGGAGAAGGGAGAAAGGGAGCUUGUGUGACUGGCAUGUCUAACUUCUCUUGGAUGGAAUGAUAUUCCCAGGGAUCUCCAAUCACAGUGCUUAGGGGUAUUACUAUAUAUUUUUUAAUUCCACAUUAAUUGUAAAUGGAAGAGAUGCAAAGCUUUAUUUUUCUGAGUUGGAAUUUAACUUUGGACCCUGAUAAGCUUCUAAAUUGUUUCAGUCCAGUCUAGGGGUCUGCACAACCACUUGAUUUGGUUCAGAACCCAAUUUGGAGUGUUGGAGAAGAGCCCAUUUGAAAUGGGCACUUCUCCAAAACACCAAAUUAUGUUCUGAACCAAAUCAUGUGGUUGUGCAGGCCCCUAGUACCUACAGACAGUGAUAGAGUGGGAUAAAAAUGCAUGCUCUGUUUUGAGUGGAGUAGAUUAAAUAGGUAUGAACCAAGGGACGCAUUGCAUGUAAACCUUUUCCUAUGACACUAUAGGUGACUGUAUAGAAUAGCCAUACAUGCAGAUUUUAUACUCUUUUCUUCUUCAAAAGAUAUUUCUGAGGUAGGAAAAACACAUGCUUCCCACACUAAAUUAUUAUUAUUAUUAUUAUUAUUAUUAUUAUUAUUAUUAUUACGCCCAUCUGGCUGGGUUUCCCCCAGCCUCUCUGGGCGGCUGCCAACAAAAUACUAAAAUACAAUAAUUCACUAGACACUCUUGUAUGUUGUUGACAUAUAGUUUUUGAGCAGUCAUCUGGAAACAAUGAUAUUAAUGCCUUUCCCCCGGUGCAAAAUGCCCAUAUAUAUUUACUUGGAAGUAAGCUGCGUUCAGCAAAAGUUCCACUUUUCUUUGCUACUGACCUUUGUAGUUCCUCUUUGCUUCUUUCUCUGAAUUGUUUUCUGUUUGCUCAGGGGCAUUCCUAAACUGACUCUUAAAUCAUUAGUUCCUGUACACAAUCGUUCCUAAUUUCCUUUGAGUCCAGAACAGUUAUUUCUUGGAGUUUAAAAAAAAAGGAAAAAAAGAUCACAGUUGUGAUCUUGCUUUUCUGACUGCCCUGAUUCUUGGGCAGGUUUGGGUUGACUUUAGUUUUAUGUUGUCUACUUUUAUGUUUAUUAAUUUUCCCACAGCCCACCAGUGUGUCUUAAACUUACAAAGCACAAGUGCAUUCUUAGGAUCUCUUUAGGGUAGGCAUAAUAGUUCUUUGUUAAGUGAUCCUAAGUAUAUACUGUUGCUUAGAAUAUAUAGAAGAAGUGCCAUGCUAUACUGUAUAUGCUAGCCAAGUUAAAACACAUUGAUGUGUUGCCACUGUAUAAGGUUGAGGUUUACGUGCUCCACCAUUCUUUGAAGGAGUUUAGGCAGCCCGUUGGAAACUGACAGGUGACCUGCGGUUCACUUUCUACUUACCUCUAUUCUUUCCUAUCCGUGCAUGGAAACACAGACUCUGACUUCUUAAUUCUGACCCUAGGUGGGAGUUGGUUGACACUGGAUUUUUUAUACUUGUUUUUGUAAUCCUGGCUAUCCUGUUUUGACUUUUCAUUGACACAUUACUAAGUGCUACAAAGUAUGCAUGGGAGAAUACACAAAUUCAACCAAGGCCCUUGUGUACCAUAGGUUUGAAGCAAAUGAUAAGAUGUAGGUAAUCAUUUUGUUACUAUUACUAUACCUAUUCUGGCAUGUUCAUGACCAUGAGCUGCUAGAAGUGCCCUGUUCAAAUCUUCCCACAGUCCUAAAUUCCCCAGGAAGAUUUAGAGCAAACCACACAGUCUCCUAAGCCUUUAACAAAGGUUUAAUUUCCCAGAAUUAGGGAAGAUCCUAUGUUCAAACAAGCAUGGAAUCUCCCAGUAUGGAAGCUGACUUCUACCUGUGGUAAAGGAAGAAAGCUUUCGCUUGAUAAUUUCCCACUGAGAAUCAUGGGUGGGUAAAUAGCAGCAGGGCAGACCCUCAAGACCCCCCAGAUUCUGAGAUUAUGAGAGACCACAUAUUAGCUCUAAAAUACUUUUCAUUGAUUUAUACAGCUCUGCUUUUAAAAACCAGUCAAGUGUGCUUUUUCUGACCACCGGAGAAGCAGAAUUUUAUACUUUUUGUUCAUCUAUAUAGCACUUACAAACUAUUAACUCCUGUGCAAUAAGACCCUGGCCUCUGUUGAUACUCUGAUCUGUGUUCUCAGGCUUCUUGUUAAGAGUUGUAGUCUGCCCAUUAGUGCUCUUUUACGUUCUCUCAUUCUUGCAAGAUCAUUACUGGGGUUGGACAAGCCAACAGCUGGCAACGCUGUACAGUUCAACCUUUCUCUCCCUCUUCCUCAUGACCUCUGUCUAUCUCGACAAUGGUUGGGCCUAUACAAACAUUAACUCCCAUGAAACCUUUCAGCCACCACUAUUUUCAGCCAUAGGCUUGUUGGUAUGAAACAUUGAAGACAACAGCUGGAGUAGAUGGUAUGAGGAGUAGGGAAAGGGCACUUCACCAGAAUUGGAUUUUUCUGUUGAUGCUCCUGAUAAGUAUAUAAGUACCUUCUUAAGGUUUCCGUUGCUUCAGUUUGGCAACUACUGGGCUUGGAAAAACUACUGAACCUCUGCUGAGAAAUCAUCACCUUAUAAUAUAAGCAGUUUGAGAGAAACCUUGACCUUUCCAAAAAUCAACGUUUUUGAUAUUAGUAUGCCAACACCUACUAUCACGAAUGGGAAACAGAGGAUCAGUGAGUCACUUGUAGGGACUGCUUGAAUGAGUAAAGGAGAGGAGGGUGGAAUUAAAAUCAGCAGACUCUAUUAUUUCAAAUCCUUUCGAUGUCCUUAUUAAGAGCAGGCAUUGAUGGCUUUGACAGAAACCUUCUGUUUCAGUGAGGCUUGGCAGAUCAAGAAAUGACAAUGAUCUUUAACAGUCUUCAUGGGAACUUUUAAUUUGCAUAGUGUGAUUUAAUGGUUGACCAGAGAACUCAGAUUUAAACAUCUCAUUCUCGUUUCCUGAUGUUGCUGACAUACCACAGGGUCGAGUGUUUGCCUUUUAAAGUAGGUGGGAUUAAAGAAUUUGGAACCUCAUCAAGGCUUAUUUACUUGAAUAUUGUGCGGUGUCUGUUUCCUCUUAAUCUGUUAUUUGAGUCUCUGCAGUCUUGGGUUUUCUUCUACACCCUCCCUGGCUCCUGGACAAACAGCUAGCUAUUAUAGCCAGAUGUGUGUUAAUGUCAGGUCCAUCUGACACCAUGGCUGUGUCCCUUCCUGAUCUUAUUAAAGUCAUCCCAUUGCAAACUUGAAGAACAGUUAUGUGGUAUGGAUCUGUCUGUGAAAACUGUUUGGAAGCUUUGUCUGGUACAGGAUACUAUUGCCUACCCCUGUAGAGAAAUAGUGAAGUGGGCGCAUAGUCGAUUGAUGUGGUUAGCAUGCAAUCUACCUACAUUGCCUCUCUCCAAUUUCUACUGAUCCCCCCUGCCCUCAGGAGAAGCAUUUCAGGGAGCACCGGAUGUUGCAGUUCAUAAUCUACCUACAUAAAUGUUGGAGACAAGCCAGUAGGUUGGACUGAGACAUCACAGUUAAGAUUCAGAUAAACCAUAGUCUGGUAUAACAGGAAUGAGCAUGCCAUACUCCAGGCUCGUGCACUCCCCUCUACUCUGGUGCAGGCAUGAGGAUUUGUUUGGAAAUCUUUGCUUCUUUUCUAGAUCAACUGAUCUAGAAAAACAAGCUAGCUUGUUUUUGUGAGCAUAGUUAAUAUUAACCACAGUAUAUAUUGAUGUAUUUUUACUCAAAAUUCAAAGCAGAAACUUCCAAUCUCAUGCCAGAGGAGAAGGGAAAUGUCUGUAAAGCAGUGGCCAGGGGGUGGGGGAGAAAAAGGUAGGAUAUUUAUUGUAACACUAAACCAAACAUAGCCCAAAGAGGCGCCUGGUUCAGAAGCACAGACAUCUACCAGUGCAGUGUAUUGGGCUUUGAGUUUGAUCAUGGAAGGGUCAAAUCCUUACUCGGCCAUGAUGUUCACAAAGAACUUGAGUGAAUCUGUCCACUGGAUUUUUUCAGCCAAUAGUGGUUAAAGCAAAAGAAAUAUAAAUACACCCCUUUUCAUUGGAAAAGUGCUGUCAGAAUGAAAUGCAUCUAAAAAUAUGAGAUGCUAGGGUAAAAGAUAUUAAUGCACUGGUAAUUUUAUCUUUCAAUCCCCUUUUUAAAAUGAAGCUUCUGGCUUUUUUGACUGAAGACAAGCCUUCUGUCUCCACCCUACAGAUAAUUUUGAGAUUUUUUUGUUACUAAGAAGAAAAGCAGCCUUAGCAUUUUUCUACUAUUGCUUUCCCAUGCUUGAGUUUACCAACAAAAUCAAAAUAUUCCACUUUUAAGUUUAUCUUUUGUCCCGUCUUUAUCUGCAUCUUCCUUUAAAGUGCAUGCUUUAAAAAUACACCUGACAAUCUGGAAGAACUGUAGCCUUGCUCAUUUGCACUUAGAGUAUUAUUUCUGCUUAAUGCUUCCCAGACAGAUGAUGUAAUGAUUGGAUCUGAAAUGCUGACAAAAAAUCUCUUUAGGGCUAUCCUCCAUUUCAGCCAUCAACCCUGUUGUUAAUUUAUCACAGCUGAGAAAUAAUUUCACUAAUGUCCCCUGCUUCCUGAUGAUGUGUUCUAAAUCACUUUCUAAAUCUCUUUACAGUGGUACAACAUUUAAUUUAAAAAUAAGAAUAAGAAUAAUAAUUCCACAUUGUGGCCAUCAAAAAUGCAAAUGAAUACUCCCAACUGUGACGCAAUUAUCAUACCGACUUUUUUUUUUAAUUGGCAGCAUCAACAAAGAGAGCAUUGUUGACAUCGAAGGUGUUGUGAGGAAAGUACCGCAUAAAAUUGGAGGCUGCACUCAGCAAGAUAUUGAACUGCAUGUUCAGAGGGUAAUAUUUUUAGAAGGAAACUAAAAAAUGCUAUUGUGUGAUGUUGUUUUAAGAUUUCUGGUGAUACUCUUAAGUACUGUUCUUCUUGGUGGAGAGUUAGGCAAGCAAAUAGCAAAAAGAAGAAAUAAAAUGAUUUAUCCAGCAUAUGCAAUUAAAAUAGCAACAUGAGGUAACUAUAAAGCCAUUUUAUUUGUAUAUUAAAGGAAAUAUUCAUUUCCAUGUGUUCCUUAAAUGGUAUCUUCUAGAUUGUGUUUAAAAAUCUGUUUUUCUCAAAAGAAAAAUAUGCAGACAGACCUGGGGUUUUUUUGUAGGAAUGAGCAGUUCACAUUUUCCCCAGAAACCUAUUCAGAAAUAGAUGGAUAACCCAGCAUACAUAAACAUCUGCUUCUAAAGUGUAACACAGCACAAGACAUUUAAAUCGUAUGUGUCUUCCAGGCAAUCCUGAAAGGUGGAACCACUUACUAUUUCUGUAGUAGUAGUGGAAGUGGAGAAAAUUCAGGACCCCCAAACUUUUAAAUGUUAAUCCCCAUGUUGUGGGGGUGGUUGCUUGAAAGGCAGUAAACAUUAUUGAACACACUAGAGUGUUGGCCAUAUUUUUUGUCCCUCUUUUCUGGGAGGCUGAUGACUUGCAGACCUGUUUCAUAGAUUGAGUACGACUUCAACCCAUGCUGUAAAUGUUUGUCACAACUUAAAUUCAGUCACCUGCAGCUGGAGGACAAAAGUCAAUUUUGAGAACAUGGAAUGCGAGGUGUUUAAGCCAAAGAUGACAGACUCCAGGCUUAGCUUUCCACGAAUUGCUGAUCAUGGAAGGCUUUUGAUCCAGGAGUAGCGGUGGGGAGAAGUUAUUUGCUUAUUUCACCCUUCCCCUGCACCCACCUGCUCCCCGCUCUCCAAAGCAGAGUUUAGGAAGGUGCAAAUGUUUGCAGGAAGAAGGGGCAGCUGGCCAGAAUCCCCCUGCCCAGCUUCAGUCCCACCGUUGGAAGUUUGGAUCCAGUCAACUGAAACUGCUUCCUUAGAAAUCACAUGUUUACUCACACUGUUGAUAAAACACCUAUUUCCCCCCUCUAAAAUAUCUCUCAGGUAUUAUGGAUGUUCUGUCGGCGUGCUAAUUUUUUGGGUACUUUUUCACCUUUUAAAAAUACAAGCAUUAAGUUGCAAUCCUGUUCUGAACAUCAGCUGCCUCCUUACCCAUGUUACUGCAGUGAUAUAUGCCUUUAGACUUCUGUCAGUGUAGCCGCGAAGAAUAUUGGGAAUUAACAUACUUAAUCUAGCAUCAGAAUGUGAGUUUUCAGAAAGAUCAGCUAUUUCAGGCCUAAUAGCUAGAUCAUUAAAUCGGCUUUUGAGAUGGUGGCUUGGUUCAUAUGUUUUGCUACACCAAACUGUGGCUUAGUGUGAAUGUACGAGUGUGUGGAUUUUGGAAGAAGAGAUCAUGACCACUUUGUUCCUCCCUGGUCUUUCUGUUGCACUGAGCUAAGCCAUUGUUUGGUGUGUAAUCUGAACCCAUGUUUGUGGUUUAGCUCUCUCCAGCCUAACCAUAAGUUUGUCUAUGGCAGGGGUCAGCAACCUUUUUCAGCCGUGGGCCAGUCCACCAUCCCUCAGACCAUGUGGUGGGCCAGACUAUAUUUUGAAGAAGAAGAAGAAAAGAAAAAGAACGAAAUUCCUAUGCCCCACAAAUCACCCAGAGAUGCAUUUUAAAUAAAAGCACACAUUCUACUCAUGUAAAAACACCAGGCAGGCCCAACAAAUAACCCAGAGAUGCUUUUUAAAUAAAAGGACACAUUCUAUUCAUGUAAAAACAUGCUGAUUCCAGUACCGUCCAUGAGCCGGUUUGAGAAUGCGAUUGGGCAGCAUCCGGCCCCCGGGCCUUAUGUUGCCUACCCCUGGUCUAUGGUUUAGGGUUCAUGGUUUGACCAGGAGAAACAGACCAUGAUCCUGGGUUCAAACAACAUGCUUCAUGCUUGGCUUAGUGCAGUGUAGCAGCAGAAUGAUCUGGGAGAAGGAAUGUGCAAACCAAAUCAGUAUCACUGUAAUCAACUUUCAUAGAAUGCAAGAUAACAAAGUUCUUAUUAAGUGUCUUUGAUAUUGCACUGAAAGUAAAACCAAACAAAUGUCUCUCUUUACUUUUCCCCCUUGACUUAUUCUAUAUUCUUCCAGAAAAUCAUUAUGCAAAGCUUGUUUCAUAUUUCUGCCAAAAAUAUACUUCUGUAAAUCACACUGUUUCUCAGUACUUCUAUGCUUCUUUUUUUAAAAAAUGUUUCUUUCAGAUCUAUGUGAUCAGUUUGGCUGAACCCCGACUGCCCUUGCAGCUGGAUGAUGCUAUUCGGCCAGAGGUGGAAGGAGAAGAGGUGAAAAUAACUUUUUUAAAAGUUAAUGAUUAAACAAGGGCUUGAAAUCUCAGUAGCUACUAUUCAUAAUUUAUUUUUUAAAGCCUUGAAUUUUGUUAUCAUCCAGCAUUAAUGUUGUUAUUGUUGUUGUUGUUGUUAUUUACACCCCACCCAUCUGGGUUUCCCCAGCCACUCUGGGCAGCUCCCAACAGAAUAUUAAAAGCAAAACAAAACAUCAAACAUUAAAAACUUCCCUAAACAGGGCUUAACUGCUCUUUUACUCAAGAGAACAAGGUUGGUACCUAUAGUAAUUACUCCUAUUUCAACAUUUUGUACACAGAUACUUAACAAGCAGAUAGAUAGACCUGAAGUUUUCCAUGAAGAAAUUAUUUCGCAAGCAUAGCAGGUUUUGGAUAAGAUGCCCUGCAUUCAUUGUCAGCCUGUCUAGAUUUCCCUCUCCAAAGAUAGUCAUCCUGAAGGAAAAUCGUUCUUUAAAAGUCACCAGGAAAACUUGUCACAGGCCAAACAUGUCAGAUGUUCCAAAACUUUAUUUGGCCCUUUGAGAACAGUCUCUGAAAAGGACUUCUCCAGGUAGCCUGCUGACAGAAUCAGCCAGAUGGGAUGGCCUGUCCUGAUCUCCCUUCUGUAGCCAAGGAUGGUGAUGGAACCAGCAUACACCUGCUAUUUGAAUUAUGUUCACCUUACACGUCUGGCUUUGUACUUAAGCAUCAUGCCAGGAGCACAGGAAGCUCCCGUUCGGAAACAUCCUUAGUGAAGGCAAUAUGAUACAUGCAGACCACACAGCUGCUCCCUCUUGGUGCAGAAGUGGUUCACUCAAGCUGUGCUAGACACUUGGCAGGUGUCUUUAUCUCAGGCACUGAAAAUCUUAGGUGUGAGCAGCUGACGAAGUUUCCCUCUGAAUGUGCAAUGAACCAAAAGUUUUGUUAUGUUACAAAACAUGCAUUGUUUCUCUCUCCCCCCCCCCCCCUUCUGCACGUGUGGUUUUCAGUGUGUUUUUCUUUUGCAACUCUUCAGGAAGGAAGAGCUACUGUAAACCAGGAUACAAGAUUGGACAACAGAGUGAUUGACUUAAGGGUAAGAACCCCUUGUGUUGGCCUUGAAACUAAGCAAAUGGUUUAGAAGGUGGGAAGAUUAUUUCUCAGGACUCAGAAUUCUGGGGGGUUUGUAUGACCCAUUUGCUGUAAACUUGUUUCACUCCAGCAAAAGUCAGCGAUAAUGGUGGUGCUAAAAGUGACCACUUACUUGUAUUCCUGGGAUGUGUAACAUGAAAAAACUGCCAGUGGAGAGAUGCUUCAAAUGCCUUUGAGUUUGUUACAUCAGUGGCAAACACAUACACCUACAUAAUACACAGUGGCCUCUUUAGCCCAGUUUUUUAAGAGUCGCAAUGAAUUUUUGCCAUCAAAACAUUUCUGAUGAGAAAACUGAUUUUUCAAGGGGUGAGAAGCCCUCCGGGAAAAAAUGGUAUCAACUUUCUCAUGCUUCUUUGCAACCACUGUUCCGGUAAUCUGCUGCUGCCUAGAUACCAUUUCUAUCAGGCUGAUGUUUUGGUACUUUGCUAUGCGAUCCUGGUUGCCCAACCGAAUUGCAUAGUAAUGUGAUGACAUCGGGGAUGUUUGGAGCCAGCUAAGAGCUGGCUGCAUGAUGACACCUGAGAGUUGCAUUGCCCUUCCCUUGAAGCUCUGUUUAUAGUAGAACAUGGAUACCUUUUGAGAGAAAUAAAACAUGCCAUGUCACUAGUCAAUCUACGAGUCAUUCUCCUGUGUACCAAAUGCUCACCUGGGUCAACACCAUGUGCUUCAACUAGGGAGUGUUGGCCCAGAACACAGAAAACAUACAUGAAACCUGUCCCCGCUGUUGGGAGUUCAACUUGGCCAUUCUUUGCUCGUUGUUAUUUGAGUCUCAGUGACUAGUUGCCUACCAAGACUUGAGGCGAAGGAACGAUUCAAAUGUAAAAUGUAUUCCAUUCCCAUGCAUGUUUUCUCAGAAGCAAGAUCCAUCAAAUUCCAUGGGUCUUAUUCCAAGUUAGCAUGCCUGUCUGUGAUUACAGACUUUGUUAUGCUAAGGCAGCAGUUCCUAAGCAUGCUUACCAGUGAAUAUUACAGGAGUGUCACGACUAAAAAUCUGCAGUGAGGCAUUUCAUGGUACACAGAAAUAAAUACCUGACUGUGGCCUGUAAAUUACUGCAUAAUCCUAAAUCAUAUUUAAUAUAAAGCAAAUAUUCUUGUCCUGGGUGGGAGGUGGGUGGAGAAGUUGCUUUAGCACCUUCAAGACAAAACACUUGUUCAUUUUUUUCUUUUCAGUUGUAUAAUUUUUAUUGAUGCUUAUAGCUUUAAUAAUGUUAUGUGAACUGUUUUAUCAUGUUCACUUGAAAAAGGGUAUAGGAAUACCUUUAACAAUGCCAGAAGAAGGACUAAAUAUACAUAUAUUACAUUUCACUAGUCUGGGCAUUUCCGUCCCAUGGCUGAGAACACCUCCCCCCCCCCAACAUUUGAUGGACAGAUGGCUUCCUUCCUUAUUUAAAACAUCUGGUACAGUUUAUUUUGCUGGUGCUUUUCCAUGAUGUGUUUGCUCCCUGUGACACACCCUUGGGAAACCGGGUGAUAUGAUGUCUGGUAGGUUGAUAGAUUUUGUCUUUUGGCAAGGAUGGACUCUUCGCAUGUUCUUGUUCUGAACCACUCACUUUGCAAAUACACAUAGAGUGUGUGUGUGUGUGUGUGUGUGUGUGUGUGUGUGUGUUUAUAUGGAUACUGUUGCAGAACCCUCUUUUCUUCAUGAAUAAUUAUCAUUAGUUUUUCGUCUAAAGUGAAUGAUCCUGCACAUAAUAAUGGUUAUCGUACUACAUGGUUAGAAACUAGGCAAACAGCUGGCUGUCCAUGUAAAUUUGAUCAACCACCGUGUUUGAAUCCACUCCACAUUGUAAUACAGUAAGGGACAAGAUGACUUCUGCCAUUGUUUGCGCAUGAAAUAGUGUAUGGAAAACUAUUAGUACAAAUAAUUGCCCCAGAGUUGUUGCCUUCCUGUGUUUGUGUAGCAGGAUCAGCCUAACUUUCUCAGUCCACCUCUGAUUCCAUUAGCAAUACCAUCAUCAGGGUCAUAAGUAAAGGCUGCAGCUUGAAGUGAUUUGCCUGCCCACAAAUAAUGAGCCCAGGCAUCCAGUGCCAAAUAAAUGGAACAUUUGUAGGCUGUAGCUCUUUCUGCUGCAAAAGUAUAUAUGUUAGAGAGGAUAAAAAUGCAUCUUAAACCACCUGUCAGAGCAACCUUAUCCAUGAUUGCUCUUGAUAUUUCUGGAAGUGUCAUCUCUCUUAAAAAUCAUUGUGUGCAUUCUGUGAAGAAAUACAGGAGGGGGAAAAACCUGCUGAUGCUGGUGGUUCUGCUUCAUUGCUCCCCUCAAAUAUCUGUGUUCUUAAGAAGCAUUGAGCUCUUUUUAAUGAAAGAAAUACAAUUUUGGGGAAAGGCCACUGGAAGAUGAGUUGGGCAGCGUGGAUUGCUGGCUUCAGCAUAGUGGAAGCUGCUUAUUCAGUUUUAGAUCUCAUAAUGUUGAAAAUUUCUGCCUAAGCUUGAAUGUGCGCAGCAAUCCCAGAUAGACACAGGAGGGGAUAUUUUAUUUUCUCACAUUGCCAGUCAGCUGUACAUACCUUUGUUUUAAGUGACUUUAUCAGGCAUGGGGCUUUUGCUCAUUUCAUUUCUUGCUUGAAUUUAUAAAAUUAGAGGUGACUGUGCCCAGGUUUGUGCUGAAAUUAUGUACAUCAUCUUGAAAGCCCCUUCUCAGAUAUCCUUGCAGGCAGGCAGCAUUGCUCUGUGUAGAGUCAGAGAGCAUUCUGAACAACCCCAGAGGUAAUUUUGUACCUCUUUGGUACUUCAGGUUUGAAUUCUAGAUCUCUAGGUACUGGGCCUAAAGCUUUGACUCAGAUUAAGACCUGGAAAAUACUUCAAUACAUAAAGUAUUUGGUGUCAUUAUUAGCUGUGCAGUGGGUGAUAGGUUGUUGUUUUAAAGCUGUUCUCAGCUUUUAAAAAGAAGGUUGUUUUUUUAAAAAGGUAGACCUGGUUUUAAUUGUAUUCUAUUAUUGACCCAUCUCAUUUCGGAGAAGGAGCAGACUGUAGAUCUAAGAAAUAAAUAAAUCCCCAUAUUUCUAGACUGAUCCCUGAUGUUUUAAAAUAGGACUCACAACUAAGCCUUAGCGAUCCCUCACUUGGGGUGGAUGGGGAUGGGACCACCUGAAAAGUGAAAUGUAAACAGAACGGUUAGAUAUAGAUAAAACAUGUAACUGGAAGAAGAAGAAAAUAGCAAAGAAAUACUUCUGUAUCUUGCAGGUGGGGAAGGAUAUUCCCAGUCUUAAAAUAGCUAAUGAAUCCUGUCCAAAUAAAAACCAAGAAAAGGGUAGGUGGAAUGAAGUGAGGGCAGGAGAGAAUGGGAAAAAUGUGUAACUCUACCACCCUCAGUUGUUAAGCUGAGAGGUUUGAGCAGGCCUAAUUGUGGCUCCUCUGUGCAUUUCACUGUUCCUUCAAUGUGGUGUUAGUGCUCACACCUGUCACAACUUUGAACUUCAGAUUGAAUGAGUAGACAACUCAAGGCUUUGAGGUGUGUUGCAGGAUUGCCUCCUAACUUGCAACCCCCCCCCCUUUUUUUAAGCAUGCCUCUUUCAAGUGGGCCUAGUUCUUACUGAGAUGGUAUGUCUUUGUCUGGACUGUACAACUUCAGACUGCAGGUAGACCAAGUUGUCUACAUGCAGGGAAAUCUUGGUAUUUAAGAGUGCUAUAUUAUGGGAGAGCACCCUACCUGCCGUCUUAAGUGGUACAGCCAAGACACAGGCAUACCACUUUGGUGAGAACAAGAGUUUAGCCUUAAUGCCUGUAUUUACAAUCUGACAGCACAAGAAGGUUGUGGUAUUUUUCCUUAAGCUUAAACAAAGCAUUUGUCUCCGCAUGGAUAUGUGUGUUCACAUACAACAGAGAUGUAUGUGAACAGAAAGAUAAAAUAUUGCCUCCGGCAUCCCAAAAGCAAUAUUCAUUUUCACAUUUUAUGAGCAAUAGUAUAUAACAUUGACACUAGAGUCUCACACAUUAUUUAAGACUUGUUUUUGAAGCUUAAACUUCAGGAAUGUGUUUAAGAUAUUCUUUAUUGCUUUAGCACAGUCUCCAGUUCCUUAUUGUGCUACUGUACAUAUACUGUGGAAGAAUUUAAGACUUUCAGAAUAAGAUAAGUUUUCUCCUCCUCCCUUCAAUCCGUUAAUCCUUACACUUCUUUGAUUGCAGAUUCAGUUAACUGCAUGAGGAAGAAAGAGUAAAUGCAUAGGAAUGACUUUUGUCAAAUAUGGUUUCCUAGUCUCUUGUUUUCCUCGUUUGAAAGUCAGGUGAUUGAAAUGGAAAUUAUAUGUAAUCCCAUAUCCAGUCUAUAGCUCUCCUUCUCUUUAGAUUCAGAGGAACUGACAGAAGCUUUGCAGAAUGAUAUCAAUAAAAUCACUCAGAUUUAAAAUGAAAAUCCCAAGUCCUGCAGUGACAAUUCAUUCUAGAGGAAUGAUAGGAAUAAACAUGGAUACAUGUGCAAUUUUGUGGAUGGGUUUUUGUUUAAUUUCCCAGUGUUGACAGCUCAUUUCUCCUCACAUUUGCCUCUACUGACAUACAGACAUAUCUUCUGUCAAACUCUUGACCUCAACACUUCCAUCUGGUCCAGGCAUCUCCCCACCCCCACCUCCGCUUUUUAAAGUAACAUUCCAAUUUCUCAGAAGUUUAAUCAUUCAAUAAAACAGCAGCAGCUGUGUUACUCAGUUAGCUCUCCUUUCAGUUGGACAUGAGCCUACACUUAUAAAUUAGAUGGCCUUACUUUCUUUCUGAUUUCUUUGUGUUUGUUAUCUUUUAUAGCUUACAUUGACAGCGUUUACUGUUGUUGUUGUUGCUGCAGCAGCAGCAGUAGUUGUAUUCUAUGCAAGCAUUCAAUAAACACUGUUGUAUAUACAUAUAGCCGGAUUUCUUAAAUCCAAUUGUUAGAAAGGUUUCAGAGACUGCAUCCUGUGUUUUGUCUGAGGAAGUUGAAUGGAGGCUCUCGGAUUGUAUUUAUCAGAUUGGGGCUGGGGGGCUGGCAAAAUCCCUAUUGGCCUGCUGCACUACAUUUGUUGUGCUUUAAUACAAUACUUUAGACCCAGUGCGGUUUAGUGGAUAGAGUGCUGGACCUGUGGUUGACAUCUGUGGUCAUGAAGCUUACUGGCUGAUCUCAAUGUGGUGUAUACAGUUAUCCCUCAUUUUAUCCGCACAGUAACUGUGUGAGGUAGGUUAGCCUGAGAGCAAGUGACUGGCCAAAGAUGGGGGGAAGGUAGGAUAUGAAUGUAGUUCAUUUAAAAAUAAAAAUAGAUGUCUCUGUGCAAUCAUAAGCACACUAGUAUACCACGUAAACUUGGCUUUAAGUCCAUAAAUAGGUAGCUAUGGCUGUUAUAGCUAAUUAGAAAGUUUAAGAUAAGCUGAUCUAGGUGACUUGGAAGCAUGGUUCUCAUCAAGCUAGUAAGAUUUGAAUCCUUCUGCAGGUAGAAAAGAGGAUUACAUUUGAUAUGUUUCAUUUUUAAUGCACUUGCUACUAUUGUAGAUUUUAUACAAAUCCAACACUUUUUAGUAAACAUCGUAGAGCUUCAGCCUGAAUAACUGGCCACUGCCAACACAAGUAAAAAUAAAUUUAUUUUAAAAAGUGACUUUGUAAUUCCAAGAAACAGUAAACCUAAAGAGAUUCCUAUAUCUAGACCAAAGAAAUGAAGUGAAAAUUUUCUAGUUUCUGACAUGCCGUAAGUAGUAGACAAUGGAAUGAAAAGGCAAAUUGAUAUCAGAGACUUGUAGCCUGUGAUUCAGAGAUUCCUAUGCUAUUUCUUGAAAGUGGACUUCUGUUAGCACAUGAAGCUCAGUCUUUAGCCACCGUCAACAAGGGAGAACCAAAAUUGUUCCCUUCUUUUUUUAUUAUUAUCUAAGGCUUCAUUGUGACACUGUGAAACAAACAAACAAAAAGGUUUUGCCCCAGUUGAGUUGACGUAAAUGUUUUGGUUACAUAUCUAAUCUAAUCUGGGAAUUACUCAGUAAUAAAUUAAGUAACAGAAACAAGUUCAGCCUUUGUUUAUUGUCUGUUCCCUAAUCUGCAUCUUCACUUCAAGGUCAAAACCUGCUUAAGGUUCAACUUCCAGUCUUGGGGAUCUUGCAGUAUAUUUUCUUAAGCAGUGAUUAUUUGUCUCCAUCAAAUUGCUUUUCCACAGCUUUUGUUGUAGGGUCCCAUAUCAAGAAUUUUAGUUUUAGGGCCUGUGGCAGCACAUUGUGCUACUUUGCUAGAUAUGUCAGCUGAAUUUGAGGAUUAGAUAGUAACUCAAGAUUCCUUUUCUUUCCUAGUUAAAGAUAGAGCUCUGCUGUACUAAAACUUAGCCCCUGGAUUAGAAUUCGUUGGCCAGGGUUUGGUCGAUGGAGGUUAGUUUGCUAUUUAAGGGUCUCAUUGUUAGAAGUCACCUAAAAAUAUAUAUUUAACAUGAUUUGCUUUCCUUAAACUUCAAGUAAGGAGGAAGAAAUAAAAGAGCAACCAAAUGCUGCUUAUUGACAGAAAUCUGUUAGUUCUCUGGGUUAGGCCUUAUAUAGGGACAGACCAUUCAUCCAUCUAACCUAAUAUUGUUGACAUUGGUCUUGUUCACAUGUGACAGUGAGCCAAACUAUGGCUUAAUGAGAUCUGAGAAUGUGAGGGCUCAUGUGCCCCUCACUUUUCUCCACUGGGUCUGUGAGAGAGAGAUUGAAAGCAUCUGCUUCUGUUUUUAGCCCUAGAAAUUUGCCAAAGCCUAGUUGCUUGUGAAGAUGUUGAACAAUACACAAUGGUUAAUUUUUUUUACAGCAGAACUAUUUUUGAUGGUAAACUAAAAUGCAGUGUAGAUCUGGCAGCACUUAGUAAUAAUAAUAAUAAUUUCACUAUACCCUGCCCAUCUGGCUGGGUUUCCCCAUAUACUAUACUGUACUGUACUAAUCAUAUACUGUACUAGCCUAGUUAACAAAAUAGCUCAUUAGAUUGUAUAAUACAUUCAGGCUGUUGUAAUGAACCCAAAAGCCAAACUCUGUAUUCAGUCCAUUGCUCUUAUUAUUUAGCAAGACAGCAAAUUAUCAAGUGCACUCCAACAAACAUGUUGUGCAAGCAUUUGUAUAUAUUUUUAAAUGUAGGCUAAAUAUAUUAUGGGGGUGGUUGUGGUGAGACUAAGCCGCUGGUGGUUGCUUAGUUUUCACUCUCUUCUACGAGUCUUUUUGUUUUGUUUGUGCAGAACACAGUCGUGUGUGCGUCACAUUAAGCACAUCUCAUGCUGUGCUUCCUUGCAGCUAUGCCUCCUGUACUUUGCGUAGCUUUGUUAGAGAUGAGCCUGUAUGUUUGUUAGAGAUGAGCCUCUGCACUUCAAGCCAGACUUUAUUUCCACCAAUCAGCUGAAAACAAAGUCAGGUUGCACUGAACCCUCUACUUUAGGAACGCAGUGUGACUGUGGUUAAGAUCUCACGUGGCUAAAAACAAAACAGCGGGGUGGGAAACCAAACCAGCAAGAUGGUACCAGCCACUUUCUCGUGCUGUUUUAAUUAACUAGAAUCUGUAACUUUCCAGUGAAGAAAUGAAAGCAAGCUUUGGUUUAAAAAAUGCAGUCCGUUGUGUUUAAAAUAAAAACGAAAAAGCAACUUUAUUUGAAAACAAAAAAAAACCCGGACAGAUGUAUCACAUUUGUAUUCGUUUCUGCACAUCUGUGGCUUGGCGUCAUGUCAUGUGAAAAACCACACAUCUCAACCUAACUGAAAAGGUAGGCAUCUUGAAAAGUUGCAGUAAACAGAACAGUGACGCACAUCCUUAUUUAGGAGGCACGGAUGGUGGGGGGAGGGGAGGAUAAAAAAUGCCAUUACUGUAUAGACACAUGCAGCUGUAUGUUGCCAACGCAGUUGUGGGUUUGCUUUGAACUAUUCUUUAUUUUUUCUUCACAAUAAACCUCAGGGUUCUUGAUCUGCAUAGCAUGCUGGUAUGUUAACUGUUUUGCAAGCAAGCAAUCUGUGAUCUCUGAGGAGUAUCAAGCUUGUCUCUGUUUUGGAAGAAGAACUAUUGUAUUGGAGGGGAGAAAUGGCAGAGGGUUCCCCCACACACACCCAUCACUGCAUUAGAUUUUACCUUCAACUCUGUAUUGAGCUGACUUUUCUUUGCUGUGUGUGGGUGACGGGAGUGGGUGACUUUGUAUAGCCUCUCUCAAUAUAUUUUAUCAAUUUGGUUUUUUCAUCUAGUUUACAUUAAGCAUUAUUUUUACUUCUCUAUAUUCAUUAUGGAUGAGUGCAACGACUACUGUGGAGCGGAUUCAGCUAUUGGUAGCAGAAUGCUAUAAUGUUGUUCUGUAGAAAACAGUUGUACCUUUGUAACUUUUCUCUAAACGCCUUACCUAUAUAUCUAUAUAUGAUGAAUAAAAGCUAAUCAACCCCUUUGUCUCAACUGUUGGUACAGAUUUUUAGCAGUUUCUCUUGCUCUUUUUGUGCAAACCUCUCAGAAAGUUUCCUCUGCAGGCCUUUGGGUAAUAAAAAUUUCUCUUGAGAGAACUGUUUAAUGAUAUCUGUUGUCCUGAUAAAAUUCAAACAGUGUCCAACAGCUGAAAUAAAGCUAGAAAUCUUAGUGUAAUAUCUUCUCUUUAACAGACCUCCACUAGCCAAGCUGUCUUUCGCCUGCAGUCUGGCAUUUGCCAGCUUUUUCGAGAAACACUCAUUCACAAGGGGUUUGUGGAAAUUCAGACUCCAAAGAUUAUUUCUGGUAUGUACUGGUUAUUUGUAAUGGAUUCAAAUAAAUUCGCAAUUUUGGAGGCAGUACACUAUUGUGCAGGUGGGGGGAGGGGGGAAUAUAUCAUUGAACCAGAAAGUAUUACACAUUAAAACCUUUUCUUUAAAUAAAUGCUGCUAUAUCCUUUGGAAAAACAGAAGUUGGUGCACUCCCCAGUAAUCUCGGGGUAGAGAAACAGGCUUAUUCCUUAGCAUUUUGUGUAGUUUUUCCAUCUGUUUAACCAGUCUUGAAGCCCAGAAAAAUGAGCUAGCCUGCAGAAAGGCUUCCUAGGCUGCUUGGGGCUGGCAGAAGAGAGACAGAUCUAUCUUUCCCACAGCAGCUAACUUUUGUGUUUAUGUAUUUGGUUCAUAUGGGGGGGGGGCUUCUCCUGUUCCUUUCUUGGUUUGUUUGCUGGACACAGGGUGGAUAUACUGCUUCAUUUCUCCUUUGCCAGCCUGUUCACUCCUCUACACAGAGUUCCUUGUCACCGGUGGCUACUAGGCUACUGCUUAAAUGCAAGGCUGCUUUAAACCAAAGGCUAUAUAACAAGCAUAGAAAACAAACCAUAUUGUGUAGUGGCUGGCAACAGCCAAUUCAUGUGCUCACUGGGACCUACAGACAAGCCACCCACCUGCCCCCUCUCACUGCCAUUGGCUGUGUGAAGCCAAAAUCCAUAGUCUGGAAAGGAAUGGAAAUAGUAAAAUAUGGAUUGCAACGCCACAUUCUUACUUCAGUUCCUCCCUUUCCCUAUAAAACCCCACCUGAAUGCCUCAUGCCACAUUCCUCCUCUUCUGGAGCAGGCAUUUUAGCUUGCCUUGGUUUUAAGUCCACUUUAGCGCCAUAGAAAGGGAAAGAAGGUGAGAAUUGGGGUUGGAAGGUUGCAGAAGGCUUGGGCCUGUCAACCCUAACAACACGGACCUAGGCGAUACCAAAUGUGUCAGGCAUUAUUACUAUGGCCAGCCCUUUUUUUAGAUAGUGUGUAGUUGCUUCAGGUGCUGGGGCGGUGGCAGCAGUCCCUACAGCCAUUCCUCCUGAACUCUGAGGCCAUUCACCUUUGCUGGACAUUAGAGCUGUGUAUACCCUCCCUAGAACGCUGCUGUUGGGUCUGUCUGAUGCUAUCCUAUUGACCGUGUCAAAGUAAGAUUCGUUUGCCAGGCAGCUUGUAUAUGUGGAGUGGUGGUAGUGUUGGAGGGGAAGUGCCUUCUUGUAUUUUACCUCAGUCAGCAAAAUGGCGCUGGCUGGUGUCUUCUGACCCUGGGAGAAAGUGUUUAAACACUCCAUUUUCAUCUCUGAAAGUGUACUUGCUGAAUUGUCAGUUGCAUGCAAUAAUUGAAGGAAUCAAGAAAAAUACACCACUUAUGUUUGCUCCUGCUUUAUAGAUAAAUGUAUUUAUUUUUCAGCUGCCAGCGAAGGUGGUGCCAAUGUGUUUACAGUUUCUUACUUCAAAAGCAGUGCCUACCUUGCACAGUCCCCACAGCUUUAUAAGCAAAUGUGUAUCUGUGCUGACUUUGACAAGGUUUUCUGCAUUGGGCCAGGUGAGGAAAGCUCUUUGUUUUUUCCCCUUUCUUACUAAUGCAACAGUCAUGUCUCUGGAGCCAGCGUGCACUAAAUGUUCAGGUUAUGCACGUACUGAGCAUUGCGAGGCCUUUUCCUUUCUAAUCUGCAAACCAAACAAAAGUUUCAUGCAAAGGCUGCUAAUCCAUAUGGCAGUUUGACAGGGUUUGCAGGCGGAACAAAUGUAAUAUUUUCAGCUGACGCGAGAACAGUGAACAGAGCAAUGGUGUUCUCUAGUGGUUGUUGGAAGUAUACAGCUGUUUCCUGGCAGAGAAAAAGAUGACUGCAACUGUAAUGGUUAAUCUCUUGAUGAACUUAAUAGAAGCCUACAAGCUUGGCAGCCCUAGAGGUUUUAUUAAUAUGUAUUGCUGAAAAUCAAUACAUCCUAAAUUAGAUGGUGCAAAAUAUUUUCAUGUUCUGGUUUUCCACAUCAUAGAUAGCAUGUGCUUAUCUUCCCUCUCCCCUUCCCUGAGCUAUAAACUACAGGGGAGUACUGUACUCAUUUUUGUAUUGUAGAGCAAUCCGUGCACCUCAUAUCCCCAAACAUAUUCUUGAAUAUAAGAACCAAGUUCUGCACACCAACGCUGCACUACUUUAGCUCCUGCCCCCUCCUAUUUCUUUUUGAUGGAAAGAAAUUGCACAAAGUAUUGGUUGACACAGAGACCCUGGAUCAUAGGUACCAUAAUAUAAAAUGUGGGUGGAGAUAGAGAUAAGAGCUACUUUUCCAUGGCAGGAGAAACACCACCCUGUGUGAUAUAUGAACUGGGGAAAUAUUCUGAGAUAAUACAAAACUAUUUGUAAGUCUCACUGACUUCAUUGUUGGCUUAAAUUGUUUCUUGAUGGUGUUCAAAGAAUCUACAUGCACACUGGUGUGUGUUACUGUUCUAAAUCUUCACUAGUUUGGGAAUAGCACAGACUAUGCAGUUUUCAAGGUAGAAGCUGCGCUCUCAAGUCGCAAAAAAAGCACCCUGUAUUUGUAGGGGUUUUUUUGUGCUUUAGCCCCCAACUCAGAGUAUGGAUAGCUGUUGUUGAACUGUUAUCUCCCAGGGGAGCCAACAGCACCUCCUUGCCAGGAUUCAGAGUCACUUGCAGAAAUUUUACUACCACAGUGACCAUUUUGGUGUUUAACAGGGGUCUCUCUGGCAGGAGAUUAGAGUCCUGUUUCAGAUAAGAGCUAUUGUUCUGUCUAUUUAAAAUUUGGUGCUAUAGUGUCUGUCUGAAGCUAGUCUCUACUGAGACCCAUUUGUUCGGGAUCUUAAAGUAAUUUAUAACGUUCUCCCCCUUUGUAUAGUGUUUAGGGCAGAAGACUCUAAUACUCAUAGACACCUGACAGAGUUUGUUGGUCUGGAUAUUGAAAUGGCCUUUAAUUACCAUUAUCAUGAGGUGGUGGACGAGAUCGCAGACACCAUGGUGCAGAUAUUCAAAGGACUCCAAGAAAGGUAAAAAGUAAAUUACAUGGCUAUAGAAACCAUAGAAAAUGAGAGGCUAUUUAAUGUUGUCUGGAGUGCCAGUGCUAAUGUGAGAAAGAGAGUUUGUAUCAUGUCUUACAGGCAAGAGUCAUAAAAGUACCCUGAUGCCAGAUGGAUAUGUACGGUAAUCAGGAUAACUUUUGACUAUCUGUACACCAAAUUUCAGUUUUUUCUAUCUUGCAAGAAAUACAGUUUUUGAUACUGAAGUCUGCUAGCAGGGCACAAGCAUAAUCUUGCAUACGAGGAACCACAUGAGUAGAGAGAAAUUUCUUUUUCUUUCUACUGAUGGACCGUAAGUCAGUGAAAUAAUAGAAUGGCAGCAGGUUAAAGACGAGCAUAAAAUCAUUUCUUUGUUUCUCUAAUGCAGUAUGAACUGUUGGAAUUCAUUGCCUUGAUGGCUUCUUAAAAGGAUUAAAUAGAUUCAUGAAUAGGCCUUUCUUGGUUAUAAUAGCUAAGAAGGAGCCUCUGUGUUCAUAGGUGUUAUGCCGCUGAACAACAUAGGUGACUCUCAAUUCAUUGCCCUGUUUGUGAGCUUUGUGGAGCAUCAAACUAGUCAGUGUUGGAUACAGAGUGCUGGGCUGUGUGGUCCUUUAGUCUGAUACAGCUUGUGAAUACUUGUUCUUGCCCUGCUGAACUGCCUUUCAGAUUUUUUCUCAUACCUACACAUAUAGUCCUUUUUGGCCCCUAAUAGUCUUUUUUUAUAGACCAGGGGUGGGCAGAGAAUACGCUUACAAUUAAGGAACAAGUGCAUCUUCGUCCAGGAAUCUGUUUUCAGGGCCAAAACUGAGCACUCAGUUCUUUCACACACAAACCCAUUCUAGACCAGGGGUGGGCAGAGAAUAGAUCUACUGGGAGAUCUCUGGAAGAUCUGAAGUACAUUUGAUACUUGAUUCUGAGUUGUGUAACAAUAGCAGCAACUUUUGUUUCCAAGCUAGGCUGCUGAAACAAAGAUAAUUGGGGCCGGGGGGUGGGUGGUUUUGCAGGAAUGGGUUGGAGUGAAAGAACUGAGUGCUCAAGUUUUGGCCCUGAAAAUAAAUUCCUGGACAAAGAUGCACGCAUUCCUUAACUGUAAGCAUCGAGCCCUCUUUCUAAACUACUAUUUACACUUGGAUUUUGCUGGUGGAGUUCAGGUUUCUAGGGGAAAGCCAAAAAUAUCCCUUUGGCAUUAAAUCCAUUUGCCCCCUAUUCUAGACUACAGAAAGGUAAUGAUAUAUAUGCCAUGGGAAUGAUGUACUUGGCCCAUUUUAGGAUUAGGUUGUAGGCCAUGAACUGUUUCCUUUCCCUGUUUUCUUACGGUUGCUUGGGUGUUGAAUAUUUCACCUCCCGACAACAGCUUCCUGGGGUACGUCAAAGGGCAACCCAUAGGUUUUGGGGAUGGAAUGGUAAGGCCAUAAGGCUGCUCUCGGAUGUAAGGGCUGCCACAUAGCCAUGUGCAUUACAGUUAGUAUUGUUGUUACAAAGGCUUAGCAUGGUUUCCCACUUUGACCUCACACCUCAUACAGGACAGUUUCAUAACAUUCUGGAGGGUACUUAGGCUUGUAUUUUCAGAAUUCUUAUGCCCAGCUUGAAACUGUGGCCAGGAGCAGCAACAACUUUUUGCAGCUUUUUGUGGAAAAUAGCAAUUUGAAUACAGUAGCACAUUUACUGGUAACCCCUACAGUUGGCUACCGUAAUGCCCUCAAGACAGGAUGUGGCUGCCUGGAAAUGGCAACUGGUUCAGAAUACAGCAGCCAAAUUGAUUUUCCACUAUAACCUGUUUAUAUGAGAUUCAUGGUUGCAGGUUGUUUCCAGGCUAAAUUCAAGUGCCAAUGCUUGCCUUUAGGACCCUUCAUAGUUUAGGCCCAGGAUACCUGAGGGUCUUGCAUGUGCUCCUUCUUACUCCCUGAGAUCUGAUGAUGAAAAUCUCCUCACAUUUCAACCAAUCUUUUUUGUUGGUGAAGGAAGUCAGAAAAACGUAGAUCAUAAAUGUUGCAUGGUGUCAGAGUGAGCUCUUGUGGCGAAGAAGGAUAGUGCCUGUUCUCUUCUGUGUUUUUGCUUUUGUGGAAAAUGGCAUUCUUUUUUACAUGAAGGUUUCAAACGGAGAUCCAGACUGUGAGCAAACAAUUUCCAUGUGAACCAUUCAAGUUCUUGGAGCCAACGUUGAGACUGGAGUACCGAGAAGCUCUGGCCAUGCUUCGGGAAGCUGGAGUAGAGAUGGGGGAUGAAGAUGAUCUCAGGUACAUUCAUGUUGGUGGGAAAGAUUAGUGCCAUAUCUAUUGGUAUUGCAGAUGUAACCAUUUUGGGACUACAUUUGGAUUACAUGUCGCUGUGAAAACAGUUCAUACAUUUGCUGGAAUGCCAACACAAGCCUGUCACACUUUUCCAGCUAUAGGAAUUGCCACCAUUAUGCACUCAUGUACAAAACAGAGAGACGCCCCAUUAAAAUAAAUCUCCUUGUUAAGAAUGUGAUGUUUGAAGAGCACCUUAAACGUUUGUUUCUCACCAUUGCAGGUAGUAUAAAACAUCUGUUCCAGAAUCCAAGCUCUUAAGUGGAGGGAACAAACCUGGUGGUGCAGUAUAGCCGGGAGCUGUCUAUAAACAGGUCAACCCAAAUCUGUGUGGCCCUGAAGUCUCUCUCUUGUCCCUUAAUUCAUCCUAGACCACCCAGAGUAGUGUAACAGCUGCUUCUUUCUGUAAACAGUGGUCUGUUUUAAAACAAAGAAACAAACUGAAAAUCCUUGGUCCUGGGAUUACAAUAGUUCAUUCUGGAACAUAAAAUUACUUUAAUGGAAAAAAGUUGAUGUGAUUAUUUACCAAAACAAAUCCAGUCCAGUUAAUCAACAGAUGAUGGAAAGCCUUCUGAUUAAAUUUGUCUUCUGCACAAAAUAAGGAAGUCUGGCUUCCAUGUUUGUGAACUAUGUUCAUUAUAGAGGCUUGAACAUCCUAAGAGUUUGGUUGUAUGUAUGGUUAUUCAGAAAUGCAUCCAUUGGAGUCAGUGGGUCUUCUACCCAUUUAAGCAUCCCUAGCUAAUAUUACUUGGACUUAACAUAGUUUCUGUAUAAUGAAGACACACAAUUCUGUAAAGCAGUGACAGCUUACUUUCUGUCAGCUUCUCCAGAUGGUUAUGUGUCUCUUUAUAGGCUCACAAUAUCUCAGGAGUAAACAAAUGUCCCGACCACCAUACUGCAAAAGAAAAACGUGUAGCGUUGGCCCUUUUGCUAUAAGUAUUAUAGUAGUUUCAUUUUUAAAAAAAAUCUCUGUGGUGCUUUGAAUUGCCUGAAGCUAGCAACCAGUGAUCCUAGGUGGAGUGUGCCUAAAGAUGCCAGUUGUGUACUGAAGAAUGGAAAGCAUACAAGGAGGGCACUCCCACUGCAGGAAACAAAGUGUACUAUACCAGUGCCAAUCUUGGUUCUCACAGACACAUUUAGCAAAACAGUUAAUUGUGUAGGCACUACUUUGAAUGCAAUAUGUGGAAGUGGAGUAUACAAAUAGUGACUGCAUAGCCACCUCUGCAUAACAUACUGCAGAGUCUGGUCUGGUCCCUGUUAGUCAUGUGGCCAAGCAGAGACCAGCAGGGAAUAAAGCCCACUGUAGGCUUGGGUGGUAAGCAAUAAAACCAGCUACUCCUGAUCCAACAUUUGGAGCUUGUCUGGCUCCCAUGACCAAUAAUACAGUAUCACAUUCAUCCAGGGAUGGCCUAAAACAAUUGAAUGGCAUGAGUGGAUCUACACACGUAUUUUCUCAUUUGUGGGAUUUGUACAGCUUUUCAAAGAUCAGUGCAUAAAGACUCAGAAACACGAACUAUAAAAAAGCUGCUUUAACCUGAACCUUAAAAUCUUUGCUUUCAGUACACCAAGUGAAAAGCUCUUGGGUCGACUGGUGAAGGAAAAGGUAAACCUUUUAAAAAUUACUUUGAGUCGUUAAUAUAGCAGUAAAGUGUAUUUUUGGAAUAAGUUUGAACAGGUAUACUUGACACAGGAAAAUGUUAACAUUUGUAGCAGGUCAUUCCUAUAGAAUUUUAUAGUGUUUUUAAUAUGCUGUCUUAGAACCUGCGUGAUACUAUCAAAUUUAAAUUCCUUAAACUUGUUGGAAUUAACUGAUUAGCAAAAUCAUGGGUUGUGAAACCCCUCAGAUUUUUAGAUAUGUAUUAUUUAGUUGUUGUUUUUUAAAACCCCUUUCCUUGAAAAAAAAUUAUCUUAAUUUUAUUUAUACCUGGUCUUUUGCAGUAUGACACAGACUUCUAUAUUCUUGACAAAUAUCCUCUGGCUGUAAGACCUUUCUACACAAUGCCAGAUCCAGCAAAUCCUGUAAGUAAAUUGUUGCAUGCUUAUCAGGGUUUUGAUUGCUGUGAAAUAUGAUGGAACAUUGCAGGCCACUUUAAGGUGUCAAUAGGGGACUGGCCUGGCAUGGAGUUUGUGCCACAAUUAUACCAUAUUCAUGUAGUAACUUUAAUGUCAGGUGUUGAGUAGGUGUGGGUCUCAUAAUCUGAACUGAUCAUUGUCCUUUGCACAGGUUCCUUCAGGAACUAAAACCAAUGCUAGCAGCAGGUGUUUGUUUGUUUGUUUUUCUUACUACAAGUCCCAUGAUCUCCAAUGGAAAAAGAUGCUGCUAUUGUACUGACAGUUUCAGCAGUUUUGAAAGCAGUGGACACAAGGGAAGGAGAGGCCUGCCUUCUCCGUUGGAAGUGGGAUGGGCAUAAUCUGCGCUUAACAACGGCCAAAUUUUGCAUACCGCUUACCUGCUAGCUACUAAAAUGCAAUCUUUUUUUAAAGAAAACAUCCAACUCCUAUGAUAUGUUCAUGAGGGGAGAAGAAAUUUUGUCUGGGGCUCAGCGAGUUCACGAUCCUCAGCUGCUGACUGAGAGAGCUUUGCAUCAUGGCAUUGGUAAUAUUUCAGAUAUAUAUAUAAUCCUGUGUUUCACUUUCAAAUCAAUGCAUGCAACAAGGAUAUGAAGAGGAGAGAUUAGAGCAGGAAAUGGAAGCCUUAUUCUUUGUAUAGAAAUAUAAUGGUUAGAUCCAAAUUUAAGUUACUUCCCAUUGAAAUUAAGCGGUAUCUAACUUACUCUGUUGAUUUUGAUGGGCCCUAAGUGUAGGAUCUUAGUCUGAAUACAGCCAGGUGUCUUAGCAACAUAUAACAAAUGUGUCCAACAGAUUUUCAGCCACAAACAACUUUUCUAAGAGUACCUGUUCCAGGGAACUUCCCCCAGGUCACGAGUUUCUAUUCUGUACAAUAUUUGUCAGUCUCGCUACAAUUAUAUUUCAGUUCCAUCCAUCCAAAAGCUCAGGGGACCAUCAAAUGUGUUGAAUUGUCAGGUGGACUUAAAUGCAGGGGAUGCACAAAAGUGGAUUUGGAUACCUGCAGGUGUUUCAGGGUAAUCAUUUUAUCAUUUGGUAAACGUGCAGUUGUUAGUUGCUGAAGGGAAAUCAAAGAAUAUUGUCCCCAGGUAGGACGUCAUUUACAGAAAGGACAGGUGGGCCUGGGGGCUGGUGGACCUGGUGCCUUUCCCUGUACUAUAUUAAAGCCAAAAGCAAUAUCUUGCUGUUCUGUGGAUUUACUUUUUUGGGUGGGGGUGUAACCCCUUAAACAGAGCUGCUGCUCAUAUCUUCUGUUCAAUUUUUAAACAGCAACAACAGGAUCAACACAGCUUUGGCUACUAAGCACACUGGAUUUGUGCAAAACAAUAAUAGUCUGUUGGGGUUUUUUUGGGGGGGGGGAGCUGUCCAGAAACUGAACUACUUUGGAUUAAUGUGUAUUCUUUAUAUUUAUGCUGCAUGCUUUUGCUGUGCUGCUAACGAGAAUUGGACGUGAAGCAAAAUAAUCUAUUUCUUUUACAGAUUUAGAGAAAAUUAAGUCUUACAUUGAUUCCUUCCGUUUUGGUGCACCUCCCCACGCUGGUGGUGGCAUAGGUAACGUAGCUUAUUUUAUUUUCAUUGUAUUCUGGCCCUGGAUUAUCAUCAUAUGGAAGGACAGUUUUACAACAAAGAUGAUCAUAGCAUUUGAGCUUAAUUUGGAAAGCUAACCUGGAUUUACCGGGGAUGUGUAUGUUUGAGAAACAUCCUAAGCUUCUUAUCUCUGAGAUUUAUAAAACAAUCCAUGCUUUAAGCUUUCCUUUCCUUUUUACAAGACAACUAGCAAAGGAAAUGAUCGGACAAGAUUCAAAAGCCCACAAUCAAAGGAGAAAAUCCUACUGCUUGUUAGCAGUGGUGUUUCCUUCCCAGCCCCCCUUCCCACUAGUGGGGCAUUGAAUGAUGAAGAAAGAAAGCAGUUGUUUAUUUGAUGGAGAUUUAUCCGUACUGUUAAUAGAGGUAAUGAUAUAAAGUCUAGAAUACUCAGUGCGUUUUGAUGAAACUCAUUUAAUUCUCCCCCACCUCCACUGGUUGUAUAUGGACAAACGUGAACAUUUUUUUUCCCAAGUACAAAGCUGGCUAUUUACUUAACACUUUUUCAUUUACAGGUUACGCAACUUGCUUUAUAUGGCAAAACUUUGCUGAUUUUGCAGGCAGUAAUUAGCACAUGACAAACACGAAAUAGUACAGUCAUAUUUCGGGUUACAGGCGAUUUCAGGUUGCGCACCGCGCCAAACCCGGAAGUACCAGAACGGUUACUUCUGGGUUUCAGCACAUGUGCAGAAGCGCUCAAUCGCACUUUGCGCUUGCGCAGAAGCGCCGAAUCGCGACGUGCGCAGAUGUGCAGGUCGUGAACGUUGCGGGUUGCAAACAUGCCUCCCACACGGAUCAUGUUUGCAAGCCGAGUGUCCACUGUACAGCCAUGUUACGCUACUCAAAUACAGCAAGCAAUGGGAUACUAUUCCAUUGCUAACUGUUCUGGUGUGGCUUCAGCUGAGAAGGAAAAUUGUUCCGGGCUCUAGCCCCACCAGCCUCACAGACUUUCACAUUUUGAAGGGAAAUGCAGGUUUCCCAAACCCAUCUUUCCCUCAUAUUGCUAAUUGAGGGGACGACCAGGGAAGCAUUUGCAGAAUAAGAGAAGGUGGGAUUAACCUACCUCACCUCUGCUUCCUAUCCUCUUUUUAUCUCAGCCAAGCUCUGAAACCAGGUUAAAGGCAAAACAGCUAGGGGUAGAUUUACGGAGAAGAAUCCGUGAGCCUGGGAAAGGUUAAUCAGUAUAUCCUGUAAGUGCCUCCUGCAUUCUUUUCUUGGUAAAAACUGUGCUGGAUCCCGUCUUUGCCAAACUAAAAAACCAAACAACUUCAGAUAUCAGGCUUUCAGAUUGGUGGUACUUUUUGCAUAAGGCUGCUUUAAAUAUUAAUAGAAAUAGAAAUUACAUAUUUUGAAGAAUUUGCAGCACUGAUCCACACAGUGGAUUUUGAGCUUAGCCUCCUACGAUGCAAUGGUUUGUGCUGCGGAUCUAAUGAGCAUGUGGUAGUGUUUAAGGGAUGAGAGCUCUCUCAGCAGAAGCUAAUGGGGCAGCCUGCUGUGCAUAUGCGGCUUUGGGGUGUGGUGAUGCCCUCCAACAAAAUUCUUCUUAGCAAGUGUGGCAGCUCAAACUGUGUUUGCUUCUGUUUGUGAUGAACUGCAAGCUUGGUGUUUCAUCCAAACCCAACAAGCUGCCUUCCAGUCAUGGGUUGGUUUGUUUCAAUUAACCAUGGAUUAGGGUUUGGAUGACCUGUUAAAUUGCAUUGAAUUAAAAACUAAAGUGAAAACUUUCUAUCCCCUCAUGGCUGUACAGCAGAGGAGCACACUGAGUACAAAACCUGAUGUGACUCAUGAACCACUCUGUUGGUUCAUGUAUAUCUGUAUAUCUGUAUAUGUUUACACCACUUGGUCUUCUAGCUGAUGAGACUGGAUUUAAUUUUACAGGGUUGGAAAGAGUCACCAUGCUGUUCCUUGGACUGAGCAAUGUCAGGCAAACGUCCAUGUUCCCUCGUGAUCCUAAACGUCUAACGCCUUAAGAAGACCAGAGCGAGUUUGAAAGUUUGCUCCCUGCUCUGAACAAUAUAGCAUAAAUGCAGUAUGCAACGGAUGUACAUCUAACCUACUAAAGUGCCACAAUAGCAAAUGUUCCACUAAUUUAUUACUAAUAAUGAAGCCAACCAUUUUAACAGAUCUGGGUCAUGUUGCAGAAAACGUAAUCUUUUUAUGAAACAUAUUUGAAGUUAAGGGUACUGUUAUCAUCUUGUACUUUACAGCUUUCUAUACACUUGAAUUUUUAACAAAUUCAUAGUUGUGUAAUAAGGGGAGGACAUUUGUUUUUUUAAAAAAAUGUGGCAGCAGAGUAGAAUUUGAUCAACAGUAGUAAGAGAAAUUGACAAAAUAGCGAGUUGGAAACGGAUUAUUUUGAGAAUUAACAUGGGAAAUACUGAACUCUGAUCUUACAUACUUAUAAAUGCAGGUUGCAAUAAAACUCCCUAACUAUUUUGUGUGUGUCUCUUUUUUUCUACAUUGCAGAAUUUGUAUUUUUUUGUCAGUGUGCUGUCUUGCUUUUCAAUACUAGAAGAUAACUUUAAGCAGGGCAUAAUUAUCUUGAUUCCGGCUGAACAAAGAACUAUGCUAGGAGCCUUAAUAACUGGCUUGCCUCUCCACCUCCGUAUCUCACAGGACUAUUGAGGAUAAAAAGAGAUGAUCAUGUAUGUAAGCCUUAAGAGAAUGUGCUUAAAACAGGUGCGAUUAACCUCAGGGCCACAGCAUGGCAGGGGCACUCUUGCUGAACUACAACUCCUAUAAUAUUUGACCAUUGGGCUUGGGGGCUGAAGCCGGUGGGAACUAGAGUUCAGUGACAUUACCCAUACUUUCUGAGAUUGUAAGUCCUGGAACCUGAGAUCCCUGAGAUUGUAAUACUGAAACCUGCUCUCUUGUAAAGUGCCAUGCACACUGAUGCUGCUGUAAAAUACAAUAAUUUUGUCUUGUGUUUUCAAAUUGCAACUAAAAGAGCUAAUAG